CUGCGAUAUUUCGCAUGCUGAGGUGUUUUGACCCUGGCGGACACUGUAGUCUCAAACUGUCAUGGCGGCCUCCAGCAGAGGCAUGACUUCUGACUCCCUGUACCAUUCCGAGUACAUGGCCGGUACCAAGUCCGCUACUGUUGACCGUGGCCUGGUAAGUCUCGUAUAUACUUUUCCAGCUGCUAGCACUAGGCUAGUAUGAAAGACUUCUUAUUAACAGUAGUGAGCUUCCCUCUCCAUGGUGGGAGACCAGAGAUCAUACCCAUAAAGAAAGAAGAACCUGUUAUUUAAUAUUUUGUGUGGUCACAGCUGCAGUCUUCCAUCAGAUAAUUAGUGGAAAUCCCUAACAGGUUCAGAUGUCAGUUCAUUCUCAAUUAACUGCUUAUUAAAACAUUAUGAGCCAUUCCAGGGUUUCCCUCUUGCCAUAUUGCAGUGAAUAAUCCCAUCGCUAAUUUGAUUGGUAUACUGAUUUAAAGUAUUUUACAUGAUUUAGAUCUCAUAAUAAAAUACUAUGAAAAUAGAAAGUUAGCAAAGUUACGUGCUUUCAGUGACUUUGCAGUAUGUCUCUUCUAUUGCAUCAUGUUUGGUAUUUUGCUCUCUGGAUUGCAUAGCACUUAACAUGUCUUUUCUCUCUCUUCUAAACAUUCAGACAAUAACUCUGAAACAAUUGGCACAGUCAUUUCUUAAGUGGCCUGACCGAUUCUGAUUGUAAUUAGAACCUAAUCAGUGAGUUAAGAUAAAUUUAGAGAACAUGGUAAUGUUAAAACUAUAUUUUAAUGUUAAUACAUUUUUAAUGUUAGUGUUCCUUUUUAGAUGACUCGACUCCUUUAAAAAAAAAAAAAAAAAAGCCAUAAAACUUAAUGUGUUCUACCACCAUGCCAUGAUAGUUUCCUAUCUACAGCAUCUUUGUCUUCAGUGAAAUAGUCAAUUCUGAUUACUUUGUCCUGUCACUUCUUAUAACUGGGGACAGAGGAGGCAUGCACGACUAUCUACAAGCUCUGCCAGUCUAAUGCUUCCCAAUGAGAAGCAUGGGUAUGUAGCGCAGCUGAAAUAGGUCUUAAAGGAAUACUCCAAGCACCAUAAGGCUGGCACAGCCCUUUGCUUGCAGCCAAUAAGCUAAGCUCUGCUCUGCUGGGCUUAGCUCAGAGCAAGGUACUUCCGGCUGCAAAGUGGCAGAGUGUGGCCCCUGGAAGUCUUUAGGUAAGAAGUCAAAUUAUCAGAAAACCUAGUGUGCGUUCAAAUUCUGAAAUCAUGAGCUAACGUAAGACAGGACUCGACAAAUCCCAGGUCGCCAUGACGACCAGGAAAUUUUCUCCUGGCGCAUGGUAUUUGUGAGCUUGUUCAGCCCCCGAGGUCACCGUUUGCCUGAGAGCAGAGGCAGGCAGUCGUAUCACGGAGGGCUGAGGCAGGCUGCUAACUGAAUGAGGUGGCCGUCUCAUUGAGAGGUGAGGAAGGCCGGCUCAUGUAUUGCUGAGGGAGGGGGGUGACCGGCAUUAAAGGACCACUAUAGUGCCCUGAGGGUGCCCCCUCCCGCCCGGCUCUGGAAGGGGGAAAGGGGUUAAAACUUACCUUUUUCCAGCGCUGGGCGGGGAGCUCUCCGCCUCCGAUCCUCCUCCUCUUCUCCCCGACGGCUGAAUGCGCACGCGCAUUCAGCCGGUCGCAUAGGAAAGCAUUAUCAAUGCUUUCCUAUGGACGCUUGCAUGCUCUCACUGUGAUUUUCACAGUGAGAAUCACGCAAGCGCCUCUAGCGGCUGUCAAUGAGACAGCCGCUAGAGGCUUUGGGGGAAGGCUUAACCCAUUCAUAAACAUAGCAGUUUCUCUGAAACUGCUAUGUUUAUAAAAGAAGGGGUUAAGCCUAGCUGGACCUGGCACCCAGACCACUUCAUUAAGCUGAAGUGGUCUGGGUGCCUAGAGUGGUCCUUUUGAGAGCUGUGAGAGCGAGUGGAGCGGCUGACAGAGGGAGUGGAGUGACCGGCUCAUGUAUUGCUGAGGGAGGGGGGCGGGUGGCCCAUGGAGAGCAGAGGGAGGGGGGGGGUGGACAGGUGAUUUAAUGCCGCGGCGAGAGAGCUGUAAUCUCCCUACUCACCUCCCUCGCUCGGCUUGAAGUGAUGCCAGGUUAUGAUGUCAUCCCGGCUCACUAAACAGUGCGCGAGAGGGAGGUAAGUAGGGAGAUUACAGCAGCCCCACUGGACCCCAGGGAAUACCUAUCCACUCCAGCUCUCCAGAAGUAAGGAGGCUGGGUGGAUUUAAAUUAGGUAAUUACUUUGUGAGUGUGUCUGUAUGUCUGUUAGUAUGUGCCUGUGUGUGUGUGUGUGUGUGUCUAACUGUGAGUGUGUUUUCUCUCCAAUCACAUGGGAAAGGUGUUUUUACUCACCUUAUUUCCCCCACGCCGUGCUGGUGACUUGACUAGGAAAGCAUUGGAAGACUAUUGCGCAUGCACGGCAAAAUGUCACUGCGCCAAUUGAACUUCUCAUAGAGGUGCAUUGAAUCAAUUCAUCUCUAUAGGGAACUGAACCACGAACCACCUCUACAGGUCGUCUGAGUGACUGUCGCUAGAGGUGUUACCUGGCAGCAAUGUAAACACUGCCUUUUGUCUGAAAAGCGUUCAGGGGCAGGAUAUAGAUUUCAGAACAACUACAUUAAGCUGUAGUGGUUCUGGUGACUAUAAUGUUCCUUUAAGAAUUGUAUUUUUGGGGCGGAUUUCUCUGGCUCCUAACUUUUUCUAGCUGUCUCCAAGAUUCCAAGCAAAUUUGUCAAGCCAUGACAUAAGACAUCUCAAAAACAUACUAUGGGACAGUUUGAGACCUUUCAAUCGUGCGUGGUGUUAGUAAACCAAAGAAAUAACCAGACGUGUUGGUAGACCAAAGAGGUGCUUUGGACAAAGAUGACUAAUAAUGGCACACCGCGGAGACCAACGAGACAGAGGCAAUACUACAUGCAAGUUGGAUUUUUUUUUUUUUUUUUUUUUACAUUUAUCUCUUAAACAAGUAAAGUGAUUUUUGUCUUAAGUAUAACGAUUUUAUUGUGUUGGAAAAUGAAUUAGCAUAUCAGUUGUAUAGCCCUCCUGUUUGUCAGCCUUUUAAUUAUUUAAAGCAGGGUUUCCAAACCCAGUCCUCAAGUACGCCCUACCAGGCUAGGAUUUAGGGAUUACCCCGUUGUGUUUUAAGAUAUUUUUUUCUUCUCUAACAACACCUUAGGCACAACUGGUUAAUCCCUAAAUCCUGGACUGUUAGGGGUUAAUUGAGGACUGGUUUGGGAACCACUGAUUUAAAGAGACACUAUAGUUGUAUAAAUGCAAAGCUAUAUUCCAAACACUAGAGUGUCCAAAGAACCUGUGCCCCUCUCCCCUCCUGCAGCACUCAAAGGGUUUAAAGAAAAGAAAAAAAAAAAAACCUUUAACACUCAUAUUAUUCCAGCGUCGUGCCACUUGAAGGAAUAGGCUAAAAUGGGUUCGGGAGUCUGAUGGUAGUCACCAUCACUGGUGAUAGAAAAUACAUCCUAUGUGUGGGUCCCCAGAUUACUCUUGUGUUUUGGUCACCCUUGGUAUUGGUGCAGGGAAUGUAGAAUUAAUUGCUUGUCUGUUCAUUUCCCCUCCCCCUUUUUCGUGUCUAAUGAACUGUCGAAUGCAUUAAUUACAGGGAAGGUCAAACUUCAUCGGUGAUUGUGCCAUUCUGUAGGCGAUUUUAGUUCCAUGAGUUUGACGGCACACACCGCUGACUGCAUUUGAAUGAAUCAAAAUGACCGCCGCCACGUGUUCGGUUUUCUAAUGGCGUCCACUUCAACUACUUCGGCUGCAUCCGAAGGGCCAUGCCAAAACUGCAGGUCCUUUCCCAAAGUACUUAAAGGGCCAGAAACAGCACAAUAAAAUACAAUAUGCCCAAAUACUGUAUUUAAAGGGCCAGAUCUUCCAGGGACCAUAAUCACAUGGCAAGAGACUGGCAAUCAGUCUUCUCCAAUGCCUAGUGGCAAUGUCAGUUUCGCCACACACGUUAUUUAGGAAGGAUAAGAAAAACAAGAAGGGUGGUGGGGUAUGUUUGUAUGUAAACCAUGAGUUAAAGUCAAAUUUUAGGCAUGUGGAGUGUGACGAGGAAAAUGUGGAAGCUUUAUGGGUAGAUAUCUGCUUGGGGCAAACAAAGGGAAAUCAAUUAUUGGUUGGGAUAUGUUAUAAACCACCUAAUGAAAAUAUUAAUGAGUAAGAACAGCUGUAAGAGCAAAUUGGAAAAGCUGCAAAUCGGGGUAGCACGUUACUUAUUGGAGAUUUUAAUUACCCGGACAUAAAUUGGGAUAGAGUGACUAGAACUUCAGCAAUUGGAAUCAGGUUUUUGAAUGUGUUAAAUGACACCUUUAUGUCACAACUGGUACAAGCACCAACUAGAAAGGAUGCUUGUCUGGAUCUCGUUAUAACAAACAAUGCUGAUCUCUUGACCAACAUUCAAGUAGGGGAGCAUUUGGGAAAUAGUGAUCACAAUAUGGUAGUUUUUUUUUAAAAUAAACGCAAAAAAGCAAAAGCACUAUUCUAAAACGUAUAAUUUUUAAAAAGCCAAUUUCAAUAAGAUUAGGGCAGCUCUACAACAUAUCGACUGGCAUAAACUCCUUAGUGAAAAAAAAUAUUGAGGAUAAAUGGAAACUAUUUAAACAAAUAUUAGAAAGGUACAUUUCUCACUAUGUACCAUUGGGUAAUACAUAUAAAAGAAACAAACUGAAACCAAUGUGGCUUAGUACCGUGUUUUCCCGAAAAUACACCCUACCCAGAAAAUAAGCCCUAGCUGGAUUAUCGGGGUGGGCUGCAAUAUAAGCCUACCCUGAAAAUAAGACCUAGCCGCCGGCCCUUUAAAUGCCACAGCCGACUGAGCGCUCUAUAGAGAGCGCUCAGACGGCUGCAGCACUGCCUCACCUCCCCUUCCCUGUAGCGUGGCCGAGCUCCUCUCCGGUCCGCGACCCGGCCGGUCUGACAGGAAGUGCGCACUGGGUCCGGCCGGGUCGCAGACCGGAGAGGAGCUCGGCCACGCUACAGGGAAGAGCCAGGUGAGGAGAAGAUUGGGAGGGGAGUAAUAUAGGGAGGGGGGGGGAGUAUUACAGGGAGGGGGGGAGUAUUGGGAGGAGGGAGUGGGGGAGAGUAUUACUAUAUGAGGGAGGGAGGGGAGAAUAUUACAGGGAGGGAGGGGGGAGAGUAUUACAGGGAGGCAGGGGGGGAUAAUAUUACAGGGAGGGAGGGGGAGAUAAUAUUACAGGGAGGGAGGGGAGAGUAUUACAGGGAGGGAGGGGAGAAUAUUACAGGGAGGGAGGGGGGAGAGUAUUACAGGGAGGGAGGGGAGAAUAUUACAGGGAGGGAGGGGGAGAGUAUUACAGGGAGGGGGGGAGAGUAUUACAGGGGAGGGGGAGAGUAUUACAGGAGGGGGGGAGAGUAUUACAGGGAGUGGGGAGAUUACAGAGGAAGGGAGGGGGAGAGUAUACAGGGAGGGGAGGGGGGAGAGUAUACAGGAGGGAGGGGGGAGUAUUACAGGGAGGGAGGGGGGGAGAGUAUUACAGGGAGGAGGGAGGGGGGAGAGUAUUACAGGGAGGGAGGGAGGGGGAGGUGAGGGUCUCUGGGGGGGUUACACAGCGCAGACACCGGCUGACAGACUGGCUCUAAGCCCUACCCUGAAAAUAAGCCCUAGUGUGUUUUUUUUGUGACUAAAAUUAAUAUAAGACCCGGUCUUAUUUUCGGAGAAACACAGUAGAGAAUUAAAACAUUUUAAAAGGGCGUUUAAAUCGGACAAAUCAGAGGCAUCAUAUAUAAGAUAUAAGGAAGCCAAUAAUGCUUGCAAAAGGGCAAUUAAAGUGGCUAAACUAGAAAAUGACAAAUUGAUAGCCAAAGAAUGCAAAACCAACCCCCAUCAAUUCUAAAACAGUUUAAAAAAAUUUAAAGUGUAGGUACACUGGAAACAGAGAUGGGUCUGUUAGCUGAUGAAGACCAGGAAAAGGCAGAAAUUUUAAAUAAUUGAUUUCUUCAGUAUAUAUUAAUGAGGAUCCUAUAGCAAGAGAUCUGCAAAAAACUUGCAGAUAACUUGUGAUUGGAUAAGGUGCUACAGCUGUUAAAGAAAAUUCAUGUAAAUAAAGCUCUGGGGCCUGACGGUAUUCACCCACGAGUACUUAAGGAGCUAAGUGGGGAAAAAAGUGAACCUCUGUAUUUAAUUUUUCAAGAUUCUUUUGUUUCAGGUAUUGUACCGGAGGAUUGGAUGAAGGCGUUUCUAUAUUUAAAAAGGGUUCAAAAUCCCUGCCUGGAAAUUAUAGAGCUGUGAGCUUAACUUCUGUGACUUGGAAAAUAUUUGAAGGGCUAUUAAGGGAUAACAUUCAGGAAUUCAAUGAGAACUUUAUUAGCAAUAAUCAGCAUGGUUUUAUGAAACAUAGGUCAUGUCAAACUAACCUAACUGCAUUCUACGAAGAAGUAAGUAAGUAGAAGUAUAGAUCAGGGUGUUGAAGUGGAUUUUGCCAAAGCAUUUGAUACGGUUCCUCACAAUAGAUUAGUCUUCAAACUAAAAGAAAUUUGUCUAGAUGAUUAUUCUUGUUCUUGGGUAGAACAUUGGCUUAAGGAUAGAGUACAACGAGUUAUCAUUAAUGGUAAUUUUUUAGGCUGGACAAAAGUGGUAAGUGGUAUCCCUCAGGGUUCUUUUUUGGGACCGCUGCUAUUUAACAUAUUUAUUAAUGAUCUUGAUAUAGGCAUUGAAAGCCAUGUUUCAGUGUUUGCAGAUGACACAAAACUUUGUAAAGCAAUAAAAUGUGAGCAGGAUAUUGCUUUGCUGCAGAGGGAUUUCAAUAGUUUGGGCGACUGGGCACUAAAAUAGCAGAUUAAAUUUAACAUAGAGAAAUGCGCAGUUAUGCACUUCGGGGUCAAGAAUGCACAAGCAACUUAUACUCUAAAUGAUAGUGAAAUAGGGAUAACCACACAUGAGAAGGAUUUGGGAAUUGUUAUAGACAACAAAUUAGGCAGUGAUAUGCAAUGUCAAUCUGCAGUUGCUAAGGCCAAUAAGAUUUCGUCAUGUAUAAAUAGGGGCAUAAAUUCUUGGGAUGAAAAUAUAAUUUUGCCUCUUUUUUUUUUUUUUUUUUCCUAGUUUGUUGCAAAAUUGGAAGCACUUCAGACUAGGUUUUUUUUUUUGACAAUCAAAUUUUUAUUUAUUUUCAGUUUUUGUAUGCUAUUCGGUGCAAUUGACCAUAAUUCCGGACAGAUAUACGAAGAAGAUGGAGAACAUUUAAACAACAGUUUCAUUACUUAAGUUUUAUGUCCUGGAGGGGUACCAUUUUCAGGGUCAACAGCUCGAGCCCAGGUCCUGUGAUAUUUCGGCUGUAUGGCCGUAGGUGUGGGCGAUCUAGUGUUCAAUAGCUUCUUGCUGUCGUUUGUGUAUGUGAUAUGCCUUAGCUUUCGGUUGUGUUUAGUGGAGCGUGUCGUAGGUUUGCUGUCUUGCGUACGUUGUCGUGCCAUUUGCUAACUUCGCGUGGCGGAUCUCUAGCCCUAUGCUUUUUAUCUAUUAUUUGGUUUUGCCGGGUGUAUGUCUUGCGUAGUGAGUAAUUGUCAGUAAUUGUCAUGGUCUGGUGGGGCUAUAUUUUGGCUAUGUAGUCCGCUGCUUGCUUCUUGGUGAUGUGUGUGUGUGUGUGUGUGUGUGUGUGUGUGUGUGUGUGUGUGUGUUCGUGUCGGUCCUUUGGGGGAUCAGACUAGGUUUUUUUGUUUUUUUUGCCCUUUUUUGGAUCAACAGCAAAAACAUAUAUGUAAGGAAGGCUGAACUUGAUGGACGCAAGUCUCUUUUCAGCUAUGUAACUAUGGUCAAAAACAUUUAGGAUGUAGAGCUGUUUUAGCAUUUUAUAUCUAUAGAUUCUGUAAUUCUGACAUAACAGUUGGUAUACUGUAAUUCUAUUGUGGCUCAUCGCAGGACUAAUGACUAUCCCAGUCGCCUUCAUAAUUAUAGGUUUACUCUAGAAACCAUAACUAGGCACCAUUUCAGAUAAUUGAAGUAGCUAUGGUGCUAGGUUACUAUCCAUGCCUUCUUUCUGUUCAAUAUUUUAUUUUUUAAUUAUGGCUGUCUCAAUCAGACAGCUGAGAAUUUACACUUCCUUGCCCUCAUACCAUUUAAUACCAAUGAUUGUGUUUUUCCGCACACAUAACAAGCUGGCAACUCUCCUGGUAAACUGAAGUGGUUAUUGUGCCUUACGUGUUCCUUAAAUGAAUAGUCUCUUGCAAAUGGCUAGAAUUAAAGGGUUACUCCAACCACCUGGACCACUUCUGCUUUUUGAAUUGGUCAUGGUGGUAGAAGCCUGUUCUGCUUGAAACAUUGCACAUAAGAUACAUUUUCACUUGUGUGCCAGGGGUAAGUUGCAGGUGACUAAUGUCAAUUCUGAGCAAAAAGAGAAUGCAAGCAUGUCUACCCUGCAUGCUAUGUACACUGAAGGAAACCCUCCAUCCAGCCAAUCCUCUCGUUAAUUUUAUUUUAUUUUAUUUUUUUAUAAAAACCUGUAAGUGCAUUAUUCUUUCAUAAAUGAAAAAGGGAUGGAUAUGCUCUCUUUAAUGUUAAAAAGGUUCUUAUUACUUUAGAUCUACUUUAGUCUCCUAAAAAUAAAGUUCCUUAAAGGUAGUCUUACUGCAAGACUGUCUUAUUUACGCAGCUCCACUCCGCCUUUGGGAGAUUUAUUGCUCGUGAUGAUCUCCUGGCCAAUCCACUACUUUGCAUAGAAAGGCAGGUGCAUGGGUGAUAAUUGCAGUGAUUUACAGGCUUUGCUUGUCUUAGUGUAGUAUUGAAAUCAGUGCUUCCUUAUGAGAAUAUCUUGCUUUCCCUUUGAGGAAGCUUUCGGAGUGAAAACAGAAGGAACCCAUGCUGGCUGUCUGGUUGACAGUCAGAAAAAUUUACGGAGUGGGAGUCAUAAAAAUGCUAAUUUUGAUAAAAUAAGACAAAGGACUCUAAUUACUAAUUACCCCAAAACCAAGCAAUUUGAAGUGCUCUGGUGGUUUCUUUAAUAUUACAUUUAUAGAUUUAUUGCCUUAUACUAUGCAUUUGAAGUUUUGGAAAAUAAAUAAAAUGUAUUACUAACUGUUAAACUCUCUAAUCACACUUCAAUCUGGUUACUGUUGAAAAUGCUAAUUAAAGCCCCACUAAGUGUAUGCAAUGAUAUUCUGUGUGGCUUAAAAGAAGGUGAACAUAUUGAAAAGACGUUUUGUACGUUUCAUUACAGUAUUCAAAUAAAGAAGCCCAAGUGCAUUUUUAAGUAAUCAUUCACUACAACCAUUUUAAUUUAGAUUGCAUGCUUUGGAUUCUUCUAGUUUAAAUAAUUUAGAAAUGAUAUCCUGGAGAUUAUGAUUUAACUGUACACAUGUAUAGUAUGUAGAAUACCUCUCUAUACCUAAAAUGCACCUGUAAUAGCUGUAAAUAUUAGAUGUUCACUUUUGUCUUUUGGGUAUAUUUAUUUUAAAUGUGUAACCUUUUUUUGUACCAGCAUUGCUAUGUUUCAGGAAGAUUAAAUCAGCACUUGCUCUGUCUGGGGACUUUGCAUAAUAUGCAAAGACCCCCAGCGGUGACAUCACAAGUACAGCAGAAAGGUCAAUGGAGGAUCCCGCUAGACCUCAGGAUCCUCCAUAAUAGAUAGAGCAGUGAUGGCUAACCUUGACACCCUAAAUUUUCUGGACUACAUUUCCCAUGAUGCUCAGCUAGCUUUUAGACUCUAAAAGCUAGCUGAGUAUCAUGGGAAAUGUAGUCCAGAAACAAUUUUAGGGUUAGCUAUCACUGAGAGGCAAUUUCCCUGCAGCCGUCACUGGCUGACAGAGGUAGCUUCGCCCAAUGUCAAGAAGUGUCAGGCAUAGGUAAAUAACUGAGACAAAAUAGUCCCUGCUCUCUCAGCAGGCAUGUGAAAUUUGCAUUGCCCGAUGUCCCCAAACAUGUAGUUUGGGGACAUACACAUAUGCGCACAUGUUACAUACAGCUAGCGCACACACGUUACAUACAGCCUGCACAUACCAGACAAACCGCAUACAGCCUGCACACACACCAUAAAUGUAGCGCACACAUUAUGUACAGCCAACAAAUAUCACGUAUAUUAGACCCACGCAAUUCACACGCACUAUGGGGGAGGACAGAGUGCGAGAUACUAAAUUCCAACUUUUUACACAUUAAAUCAGAAUGGAGGAAAAUAGCCUGGUGUGAUAUAGCUGAGUUGGGGUAUUUUCCAGAUCGGCCAUUUCAGCUUCAGUAAUUCUUUCGGAUUUAAUCUGGAAAAUGUUUGACUUUAGUGAAUAACUCUGCUAAUGUCCAGGUCAAAGCAGGGUCCCCAAAUGUUCUAAUAGUAAUUUUAGUGCCUUAGACAAGUCGAUUAAAAAAAAUAAAGUAAAAAUUCCACCCCCUUGCUCAGUUUCUUUCUUAUUAGAUUAGCUGCAGAUAGCUGCAGUUCUCCACUUGUUAGUGAUCUACAACUCCUGUGGUGCUUGCCUGUCCAUCUGCAGACACUCCUUUUCAUUUUGAAUGGUUAAAGGGACACUAUAGUCACCAGAUCAACAACUACUAUUUGUUCUGGUGAGUAGAAUCAUUAGGAAGCAUAUAAGCAAAAUAAAAGUGAUAACUGGGUCAGAAAUGUGGACGGCAAAAGCAGUAUGUCAGUGCAAUUUCACACCUUUCUUGCAUUUACUCAAUUUCCUUAAGCUCCUAAAUAACUUAAACCUCUUGUCUGACAUAUACCCUGAUGUACAAAGUAUUACCGGUGUGCUCUGAUUGAAAUGUAAAUGUUGUGAAGAUUGUUCCCCACACGCAUAUUUAAAAGCCAAUUAUGUGCCGGCAUAGUGGGUGAGAUUAGACUAGAAAUUAAAGGGCUACUAUAGAAAUCAAAACAACUUUAUCUAAAUGAAGCAGUUUUUGUGUAUAGAUAGUGUCCAUUGUCCCAUAGUCGUACUGCUCAAUUCCCUGCCUUUUAGGAGUUAAAUCACUUUUUUGUUUCUGAUUAAGCAGGCUGAACUACACGUCCCCUGCCAUGCAGAGCCGGCAUUUAAAAAAAAAAAAAAAAAGUUUCAUUUUCAAUCAGAUGUAAACUUACUUUAGAAGUUUUCAUAUUAUUCUCUGUAAAUUGACGUUUAAUCACACACUGAGUCUCCUGUAUGAUCUUGAAGGCUAUUAGCAGCAGGAGAGAAGAUUUUCUUAAAUUAAACAGGAUGUGCAAUAAAGGAAGAUUAAUCGUUAGAUGUCUCUUUACACUGCAGGAAGUGUAUAGGGAGGCUGUGUAAGUCACAUGCAUCGAGGUGUGACUAGGGCUGAAUAAACAAUGGGAUUUAAUUCCUAAAUCAGGGCUUUUGCUUUGCUUUUGCUAGGUGUUGUAUAUCACUAACUAGCCGUUACUACAAUAUCGUGCCGUCUGAAUAAUUACCAUACCGCUUUACCUUAUAGCUGGUUUAUCUAUCAGGUUAAAUUAUUCCUGCACAUUACACUAUCUUGGUAUUAACUGAGAUGAGCCAUGACAAGUUAUACCUAAUAACUGUCUGACCAUAAGGACGCUAUUAUCAUUGCUAUUUAUGUAUACCAGCUUCCGGGUUACUAUUGUAUUUUGAGCGUAUAUGAAUUUCGUAUAAAUUGUUGCAAUUAACACUUUUGAUCAAACGUGGGGCUGCUUGCACAUCUAUACAUAUUUUUUGAAUCGUUAUAUAUUUCUAUUCACUAGUGUUCUCAUUGUGUGCUCUUGUGGUUUUACAUACUUGUAUUAAAAGUUAAGUUUUAUAUUUCCGUUAAAGUGGUACACACUUUGUACACACUUUCUACCACUUACUGCCCCCUUCCCUCCUUAGGGACUUACACUCUCUAGGAUACUUCACCACAAUUCCUUUCCUUUUCUCCAGACUCCUUUCCCUUUUAGUUGUUUAGUUUGUGGUGCAAUUUCUUUUGCACUAGGGGUUAACCCCAACUCAGGAGAUUAUUCACUUUGGUACCUAUCUACCCUAAGAAUAUUUUUUUACUGUGUUUUACUUAUUCCUCUCAAAAAAACAAAACAAAAAAGCAUGCAAUCUAUUAUCUGAUUUUCCUAUAAGGAAUAUGUCUAUGUACUUUGAUUAUUUUUCUGAUAUUAUGCUAAUGUCCUUAAUGUAACUAUGCACGUAAAAAAUAAAGAAUAAUUUUAAAUGAUCACUAUAGGGUCAGGAACACAAACUUGUAUUCCUGACCCUAUAGUGUUAAAACCACCAUCUAGCCCCCCUGGGCCCCUCAUGCCUCCAUAAAUAUAUUAACAUCUUACUGUAUUCAAGCCAGAAGCUGUAGACCUGCAUGCUGUUUGCCUCACACAAAAAAAGCUGUCUGCUGACAUCAGAAGUGGUGGCCUGAUCCAAUCACAAUGCUUCCCUAUAAGAUUGGCUGAGACUGACAAGGAGGCAGAUCAGGGGGAGAGCCAGUAUGAUUCAAACACAGCCCUGGCCAAUCAGCAUCUCCUCAUAGAGAUGAAUUGAAUCAAUGAAUCUCUAUGAAGAAAGUUCAGUGUCUGCAUGCAGAGGGAGGAGACACUGAAUGUUUGGAUGCAUUUUAAGCAGCCAUGACCCAGGAAGGAUCUCUAACAGCCAUCUGAGAAGUGGCCAGUGAAGUUAUCACUAGGCUGUAUUGUAAACACUGCAUUUUCUCUGAAAAGACAGUGUUUACAGCAUAAACCCUGAAGGUAAUGAUUCUACUCACCAGAACAAAUUCAAUAAGUUGUAGUUGUUCUGGUGGUACUAUAGUGUCCCUUUAAAGGACCACUAUAGUGCCAGGAAAACAUACUAGUUUUCCUGGCACUAUAGUGCCCUGAGGGUGCCCCCACCCUCAGGGUCUUACUCCCGCCUGGCUCUGGGGAGAGAAAAGGGGUAAAACUUACCUUUUUUCCAGCGCCGGGCGGGGAGUUCUCCUCCCAUUCGGCUGAAAAGCUGCGCGCGCAUUCAGCCAGUCUCAUAGGAAAGCAUUCAUAAUGCUUUCCUAUGGACGCUUGCGUGUUCUCACUGUGAUUUUCACAGUGAGAAUCACGCAAGCGCCUCUAGCGGCUGUCAAUGAGACAGCCACUAGAGGAUUUGGAGGAUGGAUUAACCCUAUUAUAAACAUUGAGAUCAUAGUCAACCAAUCCAAGCUUACAUCUAUACAGCGUUGAGAUAGUAAACACCCUGCACAAUUCUUGCUGCUUGCUCAACCCUGCUGUACUUUAGUAAGAGACACCCAGUGGACAUAGGCAUGCGCACGGGGUGUGCCGGGUUUGCCUGGGCACACCCUAAUCCUGUGGCACGCCUAUGGUUUGAGUCCUGCAGGAACAGCGUUCCUGCACUUUUUUUUGAGCAGGAACGCUGUUCCUGCAGGCACUCAGCGCCCCCUGUCUCACCUCUUGCCCCUGUCAUGGGGGGGGGCAGGGAGAGAGGUGAUGGAUCCCCCCCUCUCCAUCUCAGCCGCAGCGAGGGAGCGGUCUGCUCUCUGCUUCCUCUCGCCGCGCGCUGAUGCCGGGAGCUGGAAUAUGACGUCAUAUUCUGGCUCCCAGCUACUGUAGACAGCCCGCGCGGCGAUAGGAAGCAGAGAGCAAACAGCUCCCUUGCCGCGGCUGAGAUGCCGACAGGCGCCCGCCCCACUGCACCCCAGGGAAAAGUCCACGCCAGCACUCCAGGUAGGAGAUUUUUUAUUAAAAUAUAAUAAUUUGUAUGUGUGUGUGUGUGUGUGUGUGUGUAUAUAUAUAUAUAUAUAUAUAUAUAUAUAUAUAUAUAUAUAUAUAUAUAUAUAUAUAUAUAUAUAUAUAUAUAUAUAUAAUAUGUAUGUAUGUAUGUAUGUAUGUGUAUAUAUAUAUAUAUAUAUAUAUAUAUAUAUAUGUAUACACACACACACACACACACACACACACGUACGUAUAUUAUUUUUUUGGGGGGGUGGGAAUCCCGAUAUCCCCUGUCGGCUAUCUGAGUGCCGGCUCUGCUCUAAGCCUCCAUGGGCCGGCGGGGAGACCAAAGAUCUACCUCACCGGCCCACAGCAGCAUGGAGGGAGGCAGGAGAGGACCCAGGGAGCUCUAGACAGAAGCUCCGCCAGGUUCCUCUUGCGAUAUCUCAGCAUUGCUGCGGCAACACUCAGAUCUCGCGAGAGUUAACUCUAGCCCCGCAGGCUAGAGUUCACUCUCCACUGGACCACCAGGGAUGGCACAUGACAGCAAGGAUUUACUAAUCUGCCCCCACCUCCACAAUCCCUCCAAACAUACAGCACACACACAUACAGCACCUACACACAUACAGCUCACACACACACAGUACACUAACCGCACCCUCACAAACACACACAGCACCUUUAAAAAAAAAACCACAGCACCCUCACACACAGCACACUAACAGCACCCUCGCAAACACACAGCACACUAACAGCACUCUCACAAACACACACAAACAGCACCCUCACACACACACACACAAAUACACGAAACUCACACAAACAGCACCCUCACACACAAACAGCACAGUCACAAACUCACACACACAAACAGUACCCUCACACAGCACACUAACAGAACACACAGCAGUGUGUGUGUGUGUGUGUAUAUAUAUAUAUGUGUGUGUGUUUGUGCUUUAGGGUGCACACCCUAAUGCAAUAGGCUGCGCACGCCUAUGCCAGUGGAUCUUCAGUUGCUGUUGUUGCUGCAGCCCACAGCUCUGUAUACUAGUGCUUAAGAGGGAAAUUAUCUUUUGCCCCUCUUGCCAUUUCUACGCUCCUUGCAUACGCUAUUUAAGCACACUCUAUAUAUCUUUAUAAUUCCUAGCAUUUUAAUUAUUUGUUAGCAGGCUUGUUAGGGAGAUUGUCUCUCUAUUUUUCAUUCAGAUCACUUUAAUUUCAAAAGUUAACCUUUUCCAUCUUUUUUAUAGUUUUAUUUUUUUUCUUGUCUAUCAUGCCCCAGUGCAUUUUAUCUCUGUAGUUUCAGUGUUGUAAAAAUUUUGAGGGUUAAUGCCUUUCUAGUGGGGUGUAAAUAGUUACUCCAAUGUCCAUGCUUACUUGUGCAUUUUGAAAUGGUCAUGGAGCAAGGAUCUGUAUGUGCAGCUUUUUUGCACUUUUGUGACCGGGGCUAGUUUUAACCCAGCAAAUGUGAUUUAGGCAGUCUGGAAAAAAGUCUGUCUGUGCGUGCUGGUGACAAAUUUAACCAAACUCUACCUUUGCAGGCACUUCAGGGGGUUAGCCUGCAAGGGAGAAGCGUCUUUCACCUCCCUCCAUUGUUCCCUUGUUUCAGCCUUUCUGCCUUCCUCACCAGCUUACACUCUUCAAUUGCUGCAAGUUUUUUUUUUUUUUUUUUUCUUUAAUGCCCUCCUUUCUGUGCCCACCCCUACUCUCUCCUUCCUUCCCGGCUCGGAAAACACAUGUGAAGAAUCACAACUGACCUUUUACCAAGAUCUGACACGAUCAACCUUGCAAUGGCGCAAAACACUGGCGCCACUCAUCACACAACUGAGAGCAGCUGGCGUAAAGUACCGCUGGGGAGCACCGGGAUCCCUCAUGGUGAUCCACCAAGGACAAACUCACAUGCUCACCUCUCUCUCCGAGGCACAAUCAUUUCUCACAGCCCUGGGACUACCAACACCUUCAUCCGCUCCACCGAGGCCCACCUCUACGAGGGUCGGGGACCCUGCCACGACCAUGCCACUCACCCCAAGAGCGGCAACUGAAAUUCAAUCCACAACCUGACAACACUGGACAACCGGGAAGGUCAUAUUGAUCCUGACUGAGAGAAACCAGUUACUGUUACUUAUGUUGUUAAUGUCUUAUUGCUAACUCUGCUAACACCUCCAACUGACUUCUUAUAAACCAGACCAGGAGCCCACUACGCAAGCUCCUCUACCCUUAGCAGCAACACUAUCAGGCGAGACACCUCCCCCCCGCUACCCCCUUCAGGUUAGGGGUACGAAACGAACCAAGUGCUACACAAGUCAGAACACACAGCUACAGGGCCUACUAUGCCCCCUAAACGCUUGGCCCCACUACCCCUCAGUGAUAAGCCUACAACAAGCAAACUCCCUGGUCGGUAACCAACCAGUAAACCUGGCACGUAACAACCAUCUCCACCAGUGAGUUUCACCCUCCAAACAGAACACCUUCUUACUAACACUGAGCCUUACCUCUCGAAUAUAUACCAACACUCCACAACGUACCACUCUUAGUAAACACCUUUCAGGUCUCGACUAAACCUCUUCCUAAUAUACGUUGUUCAACCUUGUUUAAUGUAAAAAUUAUAUGCCAAUUCCUCAUGUCACAUAUGUCUAAAAUACAAAACUACUACCUGCAUUAUUGAUAUAACUGAUUCCAAUGUUGUAUUUCUUUGGCAUGAAAAAUAAAGAAUAAAAAAACAAAAAACAAGAAAAACAGUCUUCUUGAGAGCAAAUACAGAGGGUUCACCACAAGGAGCAAACAAUUCAUAAGCCUCAAGAAUAGAAAGGCCUGAUUAGACGGACAUCUUAGAAAAGCCAGCCCAGUUCUGGAACAGCCUUCUUUGGACAGAUGAAAGUAAGAUCAACCUGUACUAGAAUGAUAGGAAGAAAAACGUAUUGAGAAGGCCUGGAAGGCUCAUGAUCCAAAGUUUACCACAUCAUCCGUCAAACACUGUGAAGGCAGUGUGACGGCAUGGGUUUGCAUGGCAGUUAGUCAGUUUAAUUCUGAGGCGUAUAGGCAUAUAUUGUCUGCUCAAAUUCAGCAAAGUUGAUGGGACGGCACUUCACUUUAAAGAUGGACAAUGAUCCAGAACAUACUGUGAAAGCAACCCAUGAGUUGCUUACGGCAAAGAAUUGGAAUACUCUGCAAUGGCUGAGUCAAUCACCUGAUCUCAACCCCAUUGAGCAUGCAUUUCACUUUCUGAAGACAAAACUUAAGGCAAAAACACCCACAAACAAACACCAACUGAAGACGGCUGCAGUAAAGGCCUGGCAAAUAAUUAAAGGAGAAAACACAGCAUUUAGUGAUAUCCAUGUGCUCCAGAUUGCAAGCAGUCAUUGCCUGCAAAUAAUUCUUGAAAAAGUAUAAAAAAAAUUACAUUUUAUUUAUGAUUGUGUUAAUUUGUCCAAUUACAUUUGAGCCCCUGAAAUAUGUGUAUGAAAAUGGUUGCAAUUUCUCAAUGUAUCCUACAAUAUUAAUGCUCAACCACUUGAACUUAAGCUCUCAGUCUGCACUUCAAUUGCAUCAUGGUUGUUCCAUUUUAAAUCCAUUGUGGUGGGUACAGAGCCCAAAUUAUGACACUUGUGUCCAUGUCCAAAUAUUUACAUGCCUAAUUGUAGGUGGUGCCUAUGGUAUGGUUCAUAUUCCCCAGACAUUUCUUGAAAAUUUUUGAAUGUUUUCUUCAUUAACUUUUUAUUUAAGAGUAUGCAUCACGUAUCUUGAAUGUAAACAAUUUCACUUCUUGCCUGUUUCCUUGAAUAUAAUUUAUUAUACACAUUGGUAUUGGUUUUUGUGUAUAUGUAUUUUUAUUUAUUUUUUAAAAUUUAUUUUUGCUAUUCUGCAGGUAUUCCCACUGCUUGGUUUUUGGCAGUCACCGUGCCGAGUAAGCAUAUUUGCUUUCAGCUCACUGAAAUAAAAUCAAAGUGCUUUGUUCACAGAAUUUGAAGUAACUUGUUGAAGAUAUAAAACUACAAGGAUGACACAUAAAAAAUACAGAACAGACACCUCAGCAGAUUGGAAGAUGUCAGUGCUCAGGAAUGAGUAGUGAAUAAUAUGUGUUCGGUUACGAAAGUUUUUCAGCAUUCGAAAAUCUUUCGGCUGAGAAGGAAGCAGAUGGCGUUCUUACAGCUUUCUAAGUUUCAGUUAUUGCUGCUAUCCAAUCCUUUUAAUCAGUGCCCUGCGUGUGCCCGUUGUGCUAGAGGCUGGCUUGUAGACGGUAUUUUACGGUUUACAUUACAGCAGCUAUUUUUAUGUAGAAAUUAGUACUUUUUCGUUGAAUUGUUGGGUUUCUAGUAAACUCUGUUAAUAAAUCAUUUCUUUUAAUUAAGUGAGUAAAGCUUAAUAGGUUGACUACAAAACUCCUUUAUGUGAAUGUAUGUUUGUUUAUUAUGAGAUAUAUAUAUAUAAUAUAUAUAUAUAUAUAUAUAUAUAUAUAUAUAUAUAUAUAUAUAUAUAUAUAUAUAUACAGGGAGUGCAGAAUUAUUAGGCAAGUUGUAUUUUUGAGGAUUAAUUUUAUUAUUGAACAACAACCAUGUUCUCAAUGAACCCAAAAAACUCAUUAAUAUCAAAGCUGAAUAUUUUUGGAAGUAGUUUUUAGUUUGUUUUUAGUUAUAGCUAUGUUAGGGGGAUAUCUGUGUGUGCAGGUGACUAUUACUGUGCAUAAUUAUUAGGCAACUUAACAAAAAACAAAUAUAUACCCAUUUCAAUUAUUUAUUAUUACCAGUGAAACCAAUAUAACAUCUCAACAUUCACAAAUAUACAUUUCUGACAUUCAAAAACAAAACAAAAACAAAUCAGUGACCAAUAUAGCCACCUUUCUUUGCAAGGACACUCAAAAGCCUGCCAUCCAUGGAUUCUGUCAGUGUUUUGAUCUGUUCACCAUCAACAUUGCGUGCAGCAGCAACCACAGCCUCCCAGACACUGUUCAGAGAGGUGUACUGUUUUCCCUCCUUGUAAAUCUCACAUUUGAUGAUGGACCACAGGUUCUCAAUGGGGUUCAGAUCAGGUGAACAAGGAGGCCAUGUCAUUAGAUUUCCUUCUUUUAUACCCUUUCUUGCCAGCCACGCUGUGGAGUACUUGGACGCGUGUGAUGGAGCAUUGUCCUGCAUGAAAAUCAUGUUUUUCUUGAAGGAUGCAGACUUCUUCCUGUACCACUGCUUGAAGAAGGUGUCUUCCAGGAACUGGCAGUAGGACUGGGAGUUGAGCUUGACUCCAUCCUCAACCCGAAAAGGCCCCACAAGCUCAUCUUUGAUGAUACCAGCCCAAACCAGUACUCCACCUCCACCUUGCUGGCGUCUGAGUCGGACUGGAGCUCUCUGCCCUUUACCAAUCCAGCCACGGGCCCAUCCAUCUGGCCCAUCAAGACUCACUCUCAUUUCAUCAGUCCAUAAAACCUUAGAAAAAUCAGUCUUGAGAUAUUUCUUGGCCCAGUCUUGACGUUUCAGCUUGUGUGUCUUGUUCAGUGGUGGUCGUCUUUCAGCCUUUCUUACCUUGGCCAUGUCUCUGAGUAUUGCACACCUUGUGCUUUUGGGCACUCCAGUGAUGUUGCAGCUCUGAAAUAUGGCCAAACUGGUGGCAAGUGGCAUCGUGGCAGCUGCACGCUUGACUUUUCUCAGUUCAUGGGCAGUUAUUUUGCGCCUUGGUUUUUCCACACGCUUCUUGCGACCCUGUUGACUAUUUUGAAUGAAACGCUUGAUUGUUCGAUGAUCACGCUUCAGAAGCUUUGCAAUUUUAAGAGUGCUGCAUCCCUCUGCAAGAUAUCUCACUAUUUUUGACUUUUCUGAGCCUGUCAAGUCCUUCUUUUGACCCAUUUUGCCAAAGUAAAGGAAGUUGCCUAAUAAUUAUGCACACCUGAUAUAGGGUGUUGAUGUCAUUAGACCACACCCCUUCUCAUUACAGAGAUGCACAUCACCUAAUAUGCUUAAUUGGUAGUAGGCUUUCGAACCUAUUCAGUUUGGAGUAAGACAACAUGCAUAAAGAGGAUGAUGUGGUCAAAAUACUCAUUUGCCUAAUAAUUCUGCACUCCCUGUAUAUAUAUAUAUAUAUAUUUAGAGACAGAGAGACCUCCCCCCUCUUUGGGCAAAACAUGUCUAUAGAAAAUCCAGCAAGACCAGAUGAUCUUCUGCAAUGAAAUGGCAUAGGCAUCUAUUGCAUGUCACUCCUAACAACUAAGUAGAAAUGGCAGGAUUUGAAGGUCUACCCCUGUACAGAACUGCAAAAUGUGUUGGCACCUUGUAAAGUAUAAUAAUAAGGUGCAUUGCUGCAUUUAAAAAACAAUUGGUCCUACAUGAUGGAAUUAGUGCCCUCUUUGUCUCAAUUUUUAUCUUGUGAUUGCAAGGAAAUUCAGUGAAAUUCCAAAGCAAUAUUUUGAGUUUUUUUUAAUUUAUUUUUUUGCUUUUUUUAUUUUUAUUAAUUAUAGAGUCUUUCAUCAUGAAAACCUCAGUAAUGAUGACACAUUGUAAAAUACUGGGGCAUUCCAAGCAUUAGAACAGUCUAUGCUGUUAUGGCACAAGAAGCUCAAGCAGAUACAUUGGUUAUAUUUUUAUUCUAGACACAAACUUUAUACAAGUCUCCACUUCUAGUGUUAGAUUAUCUUCUCCUUUUCUAUAGAGCUUUACAUCAAGCAAAUAAAAGUUUCACUCCAUAUCCCCCACUGACCAGGGCUGCCAUCAGAAAUUUUGGGGCCCCUAACACAGCUCAAAGUCUAGGCUUCCGGGGCAGCUCUCCAAUCUCUCCCCCAUGGCCUGGCUUCAAAUUCACCCACGAGGAUGCAGUGUGUGUGUGUGUGUGUGUGUGUGUUGUGUAUGUGAUGUGUGUAAAGUAGACACGGUGUGUGAUAGGGCAUGUGUAGAGGAUGCACUGUGUGUGUGUGUGUGUGUGUGUGUAUAUAUAUAUAUAUAUAUAUAUAUAUAUAUAUAUAUAUAUAAACAUGAAUUUGGGGCAGGACACUAAAAUCAUUAGAUUAGUGGUACAUUGCUAUCUUCAUUUUAUUCAGAAAGGUUUCCAGGUUUAAAGUACAAGUUGAAAUAUAUCCCCACAUCCUAGGCUCCAUGGUUUCUGAAAGUAUUAAUAUUGGAUUUAAAAAAAACACUAUAGACACCCAGACCACUUCAGCUCAAUUAAGUGGUCUGGGUGCCAGGUCCCUCUAGUUUUAACCUUGCAGCUGAAAACAUAGCAGUUUCAGAAAAACUGCUAUGUUUACACUGCAGGGUUAAUCCAGCCUCUCGUUGCUUUCUCACUGACAACCACUAGAGGUCGCUUUCGCGAUUCUCACUGUGAAAAUCAAGGUGAGAAGAAGCUGACGUCCAUAGGAAAGCAUUGAGUAAUACCUUCCUAUGGGCUUUUUAAAUGUGCACAUGGCUCUGGCCGCGCAUGCGUAUUCGGCUCCACUCGUGAGCAAACGUCGGAGGGGGAGGAGAGGUCACCAGCGCCGAGGGAGCCCGGCACUGCAUAAAGGAAAGUGGCUGGAGGGGUCUUAAGGGGAGGGGGGCCAUGAGGGUGGGGGGCAACCUAAGGACUACAUAGUGCCAGGAAAACGAGUUAGUUUUGCUGGCACGAUAGUGGUCCUUUAAGAUGCGCCUUGUUUUUGGCUUCUGUGUAUAACGUCCCUUGGAUGUUGGGCAAACGUAAGAAACCAGAGUAAUCUGAAUGUACCUUUCCUGGUUAAAUAUCUUAUUAUUAUUAUUACAUUGGUCUGUUAAAUUACAAAAGCAUUUGGCAACUCCAAAUGUUUGUGGCGACGGUAUUAUCACUUCUAGAGAGCAAAAAACGGGGCCCUAGAGAAACACUUCUAGUUACACAAAUAUAUUUCUUAAAGGCUGUAUUACAUAUCUGCAGUUCAGAGCAUUGCGUCAGCAAGCUAAAUAAAUUAAUGCCACUAGCAGUCAUCUUCUUUUGUCUGGAAAAUAUUCAUAAAUAAUAUAUUGUGAAAUGUUGCAGAUAAGUCGUAAUGUCUCUAUUGCUUAGUUUUUGUGUUUAUUAAAAUGGCAUAAUAUUAAAUCUUAAAGUGAUACUUUCUGUGAUGUUCGGAGCGCCUGAGUUAACACCAACACUUUACAGUGCAAUGACGCCCAAAGGGAUAAUAGAAACAAAUGUUCUUUAUAGUUUGUAGAUAAAAUGGUGAAAAAAACAAUAUGAAUCUUUGCAGAUACGUGCAAUUUUACAUUCACCUCUGAUUAGGAAAAGCCUGACAGCAUUGUAUGCCCCAGCUACUUAAUGGCAAUUGUUGGUGUUCGCAGUCUAGAUCUUUCCUUUUUCAAAUGCUUUUAAAACGGCUGCAGAAUUAAAAAUAUAUGGACAUUUAUUCAGUGUUUUUUUUUUUUCCUUUGUUUGUAUUUUUAUUUUUAUUACCGAACUAUAUCACCAACUCUCAAUAACUACUCUCACUGCCUCUACCUCCAGAAAAAAACUGAAUUAAUCAAUAUUGCAAUUAAUGUUCAAAUAUAGAAUAUAAGAUUGGAAUGUAGGGCAGCUUGUGUGCUUGUUUCUUGAGUUGAAAACAGCUGUUCAAAAGUAGUUCCCUUGGUACUCUGUCAUCCCAGCAUCAUGGGAGUCAUGGGUUCAACAUCUGUUUGGGAUAUACCUUUGUGCCAGCCUGAAUUAAGAAAAUCAAAUUUACCUGUCUGCACCUUUGAUUUGUUGUCAUUAUUAUCAUUAAUUUCCACAUGUUUGUAUCUGGCCAUAGAGAUGAGUAUGUGAAUCUUCUUCCUGCAGGGUGGGACGCUCAUUGCUGUUGGGCUUGGAGUAGCGGCUGCAGCAUUUGCAGGUAAGAAAACAAAUUCUAUAUUUUUGCUGAAACCAAGGGAUUUUUUUUGUCAUUUAAAAGCACACUAUAGGCACCCAUACUACUUCCGCUCAAUGAAGUCGUCUGGGUGCAGUGUCCCAGAUCCCUUAAACCUGCAGUGGUAAUUAUUGCAAUUUUUAAUAACUCCACUUCUAGUGGUGGUCUACCAUGAGGACAUCCAGCGUCACCCGAAACCCCAUAGGAAAGCAUUUUACAAUUCUUUCAUGUGGGGGGAAGACCUGGGAAGGAGCGGAGGCGUAGCUGGACCAGUGCCAAGGGGAUUUGUUACCUUCUGCACCCGGGGGGGUGGGGGGGAUGGGGCACGUGAUGUUGGGGGGCUCUAUAGGGGGCUAUAGUGCCAGGAAACAACUUUGUUUUCCUAGCACUAUAGUUUCCCUUUAAGAUAAUUGUACAUCAGAUUAUUUUUAAGAAUUUAAAGAGACCCUGCAGUUGAAUGUAAUGGUUUCUUGUGUCUAUAGCCUUUCCUUAUAGUGUUUGCACUGUAAACACUGGCUUUUCACUGGCUAGUAACACCUCUAGUUGCAGUCACUCAUACAGCCAAUAGAGGUGCUUCCUAGUCCAGUGCUGCACAGUGUGAUGGAGGCAAAGCUAGGCACGACAUGGAAGAAAGGUAAGUUUUAAAACUUUAAUCUCCACAGAGUGCAUGAGGUUGGGGAGCUAAACAGUGAUUUUUCUGUUCUUACCCUCCAGCACAGGUCUUCACCUUGUAGAGAAAGCUCUACAAUGGAACUGUAAAUUAUGACAUUUUGCUCCUCCCUUUAGGUCUUUUAGCAAUUUAGUACAGGGUUUCUUUGCAAUACAGAUGUUAGGUGUCGUAACUGUAAUUAAUGUACCGUAUAUGGACUUUAUGAGCAACAGUUAUAUUCAUAUCGCUUGUUCUCCUCUGUUAUUCUUUUACCUAGUAUGGGGGGUUUAAUAUCUGUUGAUUUGGUGUCUGAAGUGGGAUGUGUUUGCAUAUCUUGGGUGCAUACAACUCUCACACUGGUCCCAUGGGUCCGAGCGUGUGCUGGGCUGAUAGACAGUGUUGCCAACCAAGGUUUGGAUAUCUUUUCCUGACAAGCUGCACUUAGUAUCACUCUGGUGAGCUCCUGAUCUCAAGUGAACAGUGACAGAUGGGAAUGCACAGAGAAAAUGCACACACAUCCGUUAGCAUAGCUGGACUACGAUGGAAACGACAAAAAAAAAUUGCUUGGUGAUCCUAGUACUUAAGUGCCACUCAAGACGUUGUUUACCAAUAUUUUUAAGUGGCGUAUUUGAGCAUUUUUGUUUAUUUUUCUCACAUCUGUUGUACAUUGCAAAAACUGAGUUACAUGUUUUUUUAUGCCAAUAUAUGUAUAAAGGACAAAUAAAAAAAUGACACAUCAUUAUAAAAACCACCAAUGCACAGAUUUCCAAUUUUGUCUUAUGUUUAUGAGUAAGUUAUGCAUCCUAUGCUUUAUAAACAUUUACAAAAAAAAGCCCAAACUGUGCAUAGCAUAGAAAGACGAAAUGCGUCCUAUCCCAAACUCCUGGUGAAUAUGCAAAAGGAAUGAGACUUAUGGUCAGAUUUGAGUAAAACGGAAUGCAAAUUCUCUAGUGUAAUGCUCCCAUCUGUGGUAGUGUUACAGAUCAAAUCUAUACCGAUAUUCUCUAAUAUAAUACCCAGUGAUAGGUGCUACUUUGGGGGUUUGAAGGGAGUCAUGUACUACUAGUUGAAUUAAGCUAUAUUAGUAUGUUAACGUCUACACUUUUUCAUUCUGUUUGAUAGACAUCAACGUGUGCAUUGGGAAUUUCUAGAAUGUCUUUGUUUGGACAUAUGUUUCUAGAUAUGUAAAAUCCUCCAGGGAAUGCCUGAUGUACUUUACUAACGUAGUGCUAUUCCAGGAUGUUACAAUUGCUAUCGUACUCUGUAUAUUCUUUAAUUGUCACAUUGUUUUGCCUGAUCCAUUUGAAAGCAUUAUUGGUGCAUGUAUGCAGAGUGGAAAUGCUGUUUGGUGUCUGGGUAUGUACUUUUUAUGAAGAGAUAUUUCCCUAUGUUACUACACUGUUUGCCUCACACCACUAUAGUCUCUACUAAUAUAUACUGCCCAGGGAUGAGGGUGGAGAUGCACAGAUUUUUCUCUGUACCUCCAGGAAAUAAGGAUUACCUUGCUGAUCACAACUGCUUCUCCUAAAGCCCCACAUCCAUACAAUGACAUACUAUGAUCUUAUCAAGGAGAGCAGAAUUGCGCCAUAUACAGGUUUAAACCUCAUAAAUUACACAUGAAAGGGGUCAUGGGAUAGCCAUGUAUUAGCUGGUAGCAUGCCUCCCAAUCCAUGCGGGAGUUCAUCUGUAGAGAUACUGAAUAUUGAGCAAGUCUUAAUGUGAAAAAAACACCUUAAUUAUUUAAAAGUCCAUAAAUCUCGAGAAAGUGUAAAAUGUUUUUUUGUUUUUGUUUAUUUUGUUUUUUUAAGGUCGCUUCGCAUUCCAAUUAUGGAAACCUUUGGGACAAGUUAUUGUAGAAAAUGCCAAAAAAAUUUCAACUCCAGUAAGUGUGAAUUUCUCUAUUUUUUAUAAAUAAAACAUAGCUGUGCAAGCUUUCAUUCUAAUUCCUAGGUUCAGCUUCUGGUCAUGUUCCAAAGUGUGAUAUUGCUGUGAUUUAUUUAUUUAUUUAUUUAUUUUUCCCUCUACAACUUGUUUUCUUUUAUUUUCCAGAGCCUUUCAUAUUAUUACAAAGGAGGAUUUGAGCAGAAAAUGAGUAGGAGAGAAGCAAGCCUUAUUUUAGGUGUCAGGUAGGUGUGCAACCUUGUACGUCUAUUGCGUCUUCCUUUUUUAUUAUGAAAUGUACAUUCUGCGUUUCAUUAAAUCUCUUCAGAAUAAUAUGUAAUUUGCUAGAAUUUAUUCUGAUUUGUUGACAGUUAGAAAGACAGCCAACUGAAAUGGGGCACAUCUGUAGCUGACCUUAUUAAAUGAAUUAACUGCCACAAUGACUGACCUCCUUUUACUUUGAUAUACAUUUUAUCCCUUGUCAAAGUGUUCAUUCUAAAGAUAACUAUAUCUUCUUUGUGCGUGUAACAAUUCAAAACCAUUAGCUAAAACCUGUCAUUUCUUGUUAGCACAUUUAAUAACAUCUUUCAUAUUUAAUAAGUGUUAGCAUUAGCCUCAUUGAGUUAUCAAUCUGAGCAAGCAGACCACAAUCAUCCAGUUUGUCAUGAGUGUUGCUGCAAAUGUUCCCUUUUUAGUUAUUUUCCAAGUUUUUUUUUACCCCCAGACUAUGAAAUUACCAUGUGAGCUCUCUUAUGUUUUGUUCUUUAAAAAUAUUUUUUUUAAAAUACCAUUUGUAGAUGUCCGAUUCCUUCUGGUAUUUUAUCAUCGUUUUUAUCCACCUGCAUUUUUCUAUUUGUACUCUUAUUUAUCAGCUGUUUUGUCACAAAAUCGGAUUCCUAUGUUGGUUGAGAAGGUGACCAAAAGAUGUUAUUUGCAGUUAAUAUAUUAGGGUGGCUUUUUAAAAAAAAAUUUUUUUUUUAUUAUUAAGCUGUAUUGGGCUAGAAUGUAGUUCUUUGUCUUGGCCACAAGAUGGCAAAAGUCACCCCUUUUCUGCUUCACCUAACUAUGAAAUGUAAUUUACACCAUAUAGUUGAUGCAGUUUAUUGUAAACUUUACUUUUACAGUCCAUCUGCUGCAAAGUCCAAAAUUCGGGCUGCUCAUCGGAAAAUAAUGAUUUUAAAUCACCCAGAUAAAGGUAAAAUAAAUUUUUAUUUUUAUUUCUUAAUUUGAUGUUACUGUGUAAAAAUAUUAGAGAUGUGUAGAUCAAUUAUUUUUAAUCUUGAAAGCCACAUACAGGUAAAAUUAUUUUAUCUACUGUUAAAGCAUACGUUUAAAUUGCAAGUGAACCUGUGUAUCACAAGAAUAGUGGAUAUUUUCAGAGAUAACAGUUUUGUCAAAAGAGACAUAUGUAUCCUAACAGCAGAGCAUAAUCCUUUUUUAUUACCAACAAAUAAAUUAUUGUGCUAAAUGAUAGCAAUACCAAUGAUUACAAUAAAUAGCUUUUUGAAUAAAACAUAGACUUUAAUUUGUUUUACAUCUUCCAGUACCUUUAAACUGUCAUUAUCUUGCAGAUAAAUAUUUUUAUUGUAUUAUCUAAGUAAUCUCACCGAUGGGUCCAGAAACACAUUUAUUACAUUUUCCUGGUUUCUGUGCUAUAGCGUCGCUGGACGUAUUCACGCUAUGUGAGGACCUCCAGCGUCGCUAAAAUUCCCAUAGGAAAGCAUUGAAAGCAUUUUCAAUGCUUUCCUAUGGAGAGGUCUAAUGCGCAUGCUUGUCGGCGGGGGAGGCGCGUGGGCGGAUCCUAAACCAGCGCCGAGGGACAUCGGCGCUGGUCUCAGGUAUGUCACUGAAGGGGUUCUAACCCCUUCAGCAACAUGGGGUGGGAGGGAGAGGGGACCUGCAGUGCCAACGAUUUGUUUUCCUGGCACUGGAGUGUCCCUUUAAUCUACAUUUGCAUAGUACUGUGUUAUUUAAAAAAGGAAAUACAGAAUAUCAUACACAUUGUAUAUGUCUAAAAUUGGAACAGAUAUUUUGAGGUAGGCAGUGAUGAACCGUAUAAAAUUAAUCUUUAAUUAGGAUUACCUACUAUUAUUUAAUGGAUGUUUUACUGCUGCUUACAUAGCUUUAAGCACGGCUACUUCUGUGAUUUUACAGAGGAAAGGAUCAAUGUUUUAUUUUUGUAGAUGAAAGUGUGAUUGCCACUUUUGUUUUAUAGCUGUUCUGAUUUUACUUUCAACAUAGUCUGGUCAUUCUAUAUUCUCAUUACAGAUGUGGAAUUCCAUGUUGUGUGUGACAGACAUUGGUUGUGAUUGACAUUUUUACUAAAAUGUUUAUGCCCAGAUGACUUUACACUAUGGUCCUACUUUCCUGGUGCCAUAGCAACAGUUUCCUUGCUUUAGUAAACCUGAGUACAGAAACAGAAACUAGCCAAGGUAUACACAGUGAAAUAAUAUUCAAUCUUUACAUUGCACAUUUUUGAGGCAUUUAACUACAAUAUAGCAUUGAAAUUAGCAGUGUUGUUAAACGGGUUUCUCUCGACGUCCAUAAACAAACACUACAACCACCAUGACAAUUACAACGUAAUGUUGUGGUGCCAGUGUUAAUUUUGCCGACUAACAAUUUUAGUCAAACUUUAGUCAACUAAAACAAUUCAGAUGACUAAAAUACGACACUGCACCGAGGGGCUGUUAAAGGAGCGAAAGAGACAGACCAGGGCUUGGGAGAGAGACACCUAGAGGGGCUGGCGGUCACAAAGAGACCGAGAGGGGCCGGGAAAGGGGCAAAGGAGACAGAUAGAGGCUUUAACUAAACCCAUUAGAUUUUAGUCAUGUUGACUAAAAUCUACUGGAGAUUUAGUCGACUAAAACAAUUCAGAUUACUAAAAUACAACUAGAACGGCUUUUAGUAAAAAGACUAUAACUAAAACUGGAUUGAAAUUUGCUGCCAAAAUUAGCACUGUGUAGUGCCUGGAAGUUAUGGGUAAAGUCCAACCAGUUUUUGUUAAAUAGUUUUCAAUAGUUUUAACAAAACCCUGAGGAUUAUCAGUGUCCAAAAGCCUAUUCAAUCUGGUUAAGGCAUUAUAUUAUGGAAGGUUAGUGUUUCUCUGAUAUAUUUUUGCUAUACAAAGUGGUGAGCACCAUUUAUAUAUAUAUUUUUUUUUUUUGGAAAAUCUCUUUUAUUGAGUUUUUGUAUUUCGUAUAUUCAUUUAAGACAAAUGUAGAAUUGAAACAAUAUGGAUGCGCAGGUCCCAUGCUUUAUAACGUUAUGCAAUUGUGAACAAAGGAAAUUUACAUAGGAAGGUUCCAACGGACAUAGUAGCAUUAUACGGCUGAUGCUGCCUGCUCUAAAGACCGUAAAGACACAUACAAUUCUGGUCAGAGCACUAUAGGGUAUCGAGCUAUCUUCAUCACCCUACCGUCAGUACGUGGGACUAUCGACCACCCCUUUGGUUAUGUGUUCCUGAGCGUGUCCUACAACUAAUGGGUCCUUAGGUAGCUUGUGUAGUUGUGCUCACUCAAGGUGUGUGCCAGGCUGGGCUAGGGUAGUUCAGGAGACUCUGUGUGAUGUCCCCGGUUCCCUUUAUGUGUCAUUAUGGAUCCGUGGGCACUGCUGAUGAGUGUAUGGUCCUUCUGGAAGUGGGCCAUCUCCUCUAGCCUACCCUAAAAGGGGGGAGGGGGAUGGUGGGUGCGCGUAUGUUUGUGGGUCGUUCCAAGAGACCCGAUAGGCAGGGAUGAGUGGUUACCGUGUUUGUUGUACAUAUUUGAUCUGAUGCGUUCCUAUUACAGGGCAGUUUCCUUUUGCUGGGGUGUUCAAUCCCCAUCCUGUUAAGUGCGUAAAUGUGUUAAAAAUUAUAAGGGAAAGUUAAAGAAAUGUUUAGUAGUAGGGUAAGAGGAAAAGAAUUGGAAGAAAAAAGAGUUGCCGUUCGCCUCGGAUGCAGUUCGAAUUGGGGGUGUGAGAGGAGGUUUGAAUGGCCAUGCCCCAGUGAGUCACCCUCCCUCCCAGGGUGUCCCCCCACAGGCUGCUUAUCUCUAGUUGUUCUGAGACACGAAUGUAUACCAUGGUCGCCACAUUUCUGCGUGUCUGUCUCUCCUCCCAAGAAGUGAAGCCUGGAUCGCCUCCGCCCCCUGAAUGUCCUCCACCCUGCGGAUCCAUUCUUCCAGUCGGGGCGUCUCCGUCCAUUUCCAGUAUAGCGGGAUCAAAGCUUUGGCUGCAUUAAGUAGAUGACAUAAAAUUGAUUUCUUGUAUGCGGCAAUCGACAUUGUUGAAAUAUGUAGAAGGGGUAGUGUUGCCGCCCACUCGGGUGUUUCUCCCAAAAUCUCUGCUAUUUUCUCUGGGAUCAUCUCCCAGUAUGGGACUAUGAGGCGACAAUCCCACCAUAGGUGUAUUAUCGUGCCUCUUUCCUCGAGACAUCUCCAGCAUGUCGGUGAUAUUGUAGGGAAAAUUCUGUGGAGUAGUAUCGGUGUCUUGUACCAAAGUGCGAUUAAUUUGUAAUUCGUCUCUUGGUAGUGAGUGCUAAUGGAGCUUUUGUGUUGCCAGAAUAAUGCGCCCUCCCACUGUUGGGGGGUAAAGGUGGUAUCCAUCAGAGUCUCCCAUUGCCUACGGAAGGUGUUGUUUUCUGCUAGGUUACCCACCAGGAGAUGUUGGUAUAAGGUGGAUACGGUUUUGUCUAGCAAGGAGCAUUUAUAUUUUUUGUGUGUGUGUGUAUGUGUAUGUAUGUGUGUGUGUGUGUAUAUAUGUAUAUAUAUGUGUAUAUAUAUAUAUAAAUAAUUCAAAAUGAAUCCUAGAGAAUAAAUAAUGUUCUUAUGAUGUCCUCAAAAUGUUGGUGCUGUUUGUUUAAAAUGCAAAGGAGUGAGGUGGGGUGAGGCCUGCUCGAUCAGCCAAAUAAAUGUUGAUGCUGGAGCUUUCACAUUUAAAGUUCCCUGUCUGUAAACUUGCCAUAAAAUAAUAAUGCCAUUCAGAGUUUUGAAAUUACAGGCUGCAGAACCAGAGCAGAAAUGCUGUAACUAGCCAGGUUUUGAAUGUAAAUGAUUUAUUUUACAGAGAGACUAUUAUUAUAACGUCUAAGUAGACCGCAUCUGCUGGAAAUAAAGCAUGUCCAUAUGUUCAAUGCUGCUUCGGCUUAAAAAUAGCAGAUGGUAAAAUAUUAUGCUGUUUCAAAAGUCAAACUGAGAAAACGUAUAUUACUUUAUUUUUUUAUUUUUAUUUUUUGCCUUGGAUUUGGCCAGAUUUUCUGUGUCCUCCACCAUUUGACUUCAAGUUGCUGACACUUUACUUAUAACAACAAAAAUACUUUUUGUGAUUUUGGAAGUGUAGAUAAGAAGAUAAAACAACUAUAAACAAAACCAUGGGAAUGCAGGCAUGAAAUCAUUAGGGAAUUAUGAAUUGAAUGGAUUGAAUGUAACAAUUUUAAAAUGAAUGUACUUCUGCUGUUAAAAUAUACGUACAUAGGCCUUUAUUUAAUACUUUUGGAUAAGCUUUUCAAUUAUUUAAUGUUUUUGGAUAAAUAUUUUUACUUUUUUCAAAAUGUUUGAACCUGAAAAAAAGAUAUUUUUCCCAAUGGUGAUUUUACUAUUUUGGAAACUAUUUUAAUAAAGUGUAUUCUAAAAUACUACGUAAUUUAAAAAGCUUAUCCUAAAAUAUUAAAUCGAGGCUGUAGAUAGAACACUUAAAAUAUAUCAUAUGAAUUAGUUUGACAGAGGGACAUUGUUAGAUUUUAUAAAAUUUGCUUGCAAGCCUAGAAUAUAUAUAUAUAAAAUACUGAAACUGAUUAUACCCCUGCUCCAGGUAUGUGUAGAACAUUUGAUAUUAUAAAUUUAUACUGUGUUUUUUCAAAUUUUUUUAGUCUAAAAUUGGGGGGCCGUCUUAUACACGGAAUGUCACUGCAGGGGUUAAAACAAAAACCUUGUGCGCGGGCCUAAGCCAAGAUGGUGCCUGCCGCAUUUCAGUGUGCCACGGCCCACACACAUUCCUGGCCUCCCUCCUGCCUAUCCACUUCUGAAUGCUGUGGCAAGGAGAUAGAGGUCCCUAUAUGUGUGGGAACUGCAGCAGACACCAGCACUUAUCACCAACAUAUUAAGAUUUGCUCCACCUCAGGUAGGUCUUACUUUCUGAGUUAUUUAUGAUGGAGGAAAUGGGGAUCAGAGGGAAUACUACUGUGAUGUCCCAGCAUAUGCCCUCACACCACCUGCUGUAUUGUGGGAGCUGUAGUCUCCCAGCAUGCACUAUGGAGCUAUUCACUUCAGAGCGUACCGUAGCACAGGGGAGAUAUGGAAUCAGAAGUGUGUUGUUGUCCUCAAGUCGCCUCUAAAAUAUCAAAGUUGUUCUAUUUCAUGUUUAAACUACUUAUUUUUUUAAUUUUGAGCAUAAAAAAAAAUAGGGGUCAUCUUAUAGUAAGUGAGAAAAAGACAGAGGACCCGACGCGCGUUUCGGUGCUUAAAGCAUGUACCUUCGUCAGGGGCUAUAAUGUCUUUUUCUCACUUACUUCUCAACACUGGGCACUUUUCACUAUGUGCAGGCAACCAACGUUCUAAGUAUGGUUCUGCACAUUAGCACUAUUUAAUUUAUUUUAUUUUCUACCUCUCUUUUCUUUCCAAUCCUGUAUCUAUUAGUCAUGAAUAGAAGACACAUUAGUAACCAAGAUUGAUUCUUUUCUAACAUUUACAGUUUGUUCUCCUUUCGGAUAAUGUGUAUUCAUUUUAUUUAGAUACAUUUGUUUCAAUUGCCCUUACAAGUGCUGGCUAUAUGAGAAAUCAUUAUUCUGUACAACGGGCAGUGAGACAUCAAGGUUUAAAUGGUCUCUUACUGUUGUUGUACCUGGAUUUUUGAGUGGUUUAGUCACUUCCAGCACUUUAGGACAUUAUAUUAGAGAUUUGGAAAGCCCACCGUGACUAUAUUCGGUUAGAUUUAUACUGACCAUGGAGACAGUGACAAAUCAAGUUACUAAUAAAGUCAGAAGUCUGAGGGUCAUUGAUUAAUACGGCGGUUUUAUGAGAGGUUUAGCUUAAAGGCUUAGUUAUUAUUAUUUUUAUUUUACUUUGGAUGUUUCUAGGGACUGGUACAAGGAGAUUUUUCUAUACAUUAUUAAGGUUAAUAACACACUUUUGCAGAUCAUAUAUUCAUUAUUCAAUUCCAGUUUAAUCCGUACCACAGGAGUAUCUCCAGUGUUUAGGAUUUUUUUUUUCUUUUUGUAAAUUCUAUUUAGGGGUUAAGCCCCAGGACAAUAACUGGAGUGUCCUUUAAGGUGUGUUUUUUGGGGGGUUCCUUGGGUGUUUGAUUCUCCCAUAUCCUGGGUUGAACUCCCACCACAGAUCCCCAAUAUUCUGUUUCACAUUUUAAUAACUGCUCAUUUAUAUCCGGUCAUUGCACUAUCAUUUUUGCAAUAUUGCAUAAGCAAUGAUUUAUAUAAUGCUAAGUAUGUUAUGAUUUGAAAUAAGUAAAAUGGAUAUGGUUCCUAGAAUAAUAUCAUGCCAUUUACUUAACUCUGCUAAAUGAAAACUUAUAAAAGUGUCUGGGAAACGUAUUCUAGAAAAGCAUGCAUUAUUCAUAGUAUAUACAGUUGCAAGAAAAAGUAUGUGAACCCUUUGGAAUGAUAUGGAUUUCUGCACAAAUUGGUCAUAAAAUGUGAUCUGAUCAUCUAAGUCACAACAAUAGACAAUCAUAGUCUGCUUAAACUAAUAACACACAGAGAAUGAAAUGUUGCCAUGUUUUUAUUGAACACACCAUGUAAACAUUCACAGUGCAGGUGGAAAAAGUAUGUGAAUCCCUAGACUAAUGACAUCUCCAAGAGCUAAUUGGAGUGAGAUGUCAGCCAACUGGAGUCCAAUCAAUGAGAUGAGAUUGGAGGUGUUGGUUACAGCUGCCCUGCCCUAUAAAAAACACACACCAGUUCUGGGUUUGCUUUUCACAAGAAGCAUUGCCUGAUGUGAAUGAUGCCUCGCACAAAAGAGCUCUCAGAAGACCUACGAUUAAGAAUUGUUGACUUGCAUAAAGCUGGAAAGGGUUAUAAAAGUAUCUCCAAAAGCCUUGCUGUUCAUCAGUCCACGGUAAGACAAAUUGUCUAUAAAUGGAGAAAGUUCAGCACUGCUGCUACUCUCCCUAGGAGUGGCCGUCCUGUAAAGAUGACUGCAAGAGCACAGCGCAGACUGCUCAAUGAGGUGAAGAAGAAUCCUAGAGUGUCAGCUAAAGACUUACAAAAGUCACUGGCAAAUGCCAACAUCCCUGUUAGCGAAUCUACAAUACGUAAAACACUAAACAAGAAUGGAUUUCAUGGGAGGAUACCACAGAGGAAGCCACUGCUGUCCAAACAAAACAUUGCUGCACGUUUACAGUUUGCACAAGAGCACCUGGAUGUUCCACAGCGGUACUGGCAAAAUAUUCUGUGGACAGAUGAAACCAAAGUUGAGUUGUUUGGAAGAAACACACAACACUAUGUGUGGCGAAAAAAAGGCACAACACACCAACAUCAAAACCUCAUCCCAACUGUGAAGUAUGGUGGUGGGGGCAUCAUGGUUUGGGGCUGCUUUGCUGUGUCAGGGCCUGGACGGAUUGCUAUAAUCGAAGGAAAAAUGAAUUCCCAAGUUUAUCAAGACAUUUUGCAGGAGAACUUAAGGCCAUCUGUCUACCAGCUGAAGCUCAACAGAAGAUGGGUGUUGCAACAGGACAAUGACCCAAAGCAUAGAAGUAAAUCAACAACAGAAUGGCUUAAACAGAAGAAAAUACGCCUUCUGAAGUGGCCCAGUCAGAGUCCUGACCUCAAGCCGAUUGAGAUGCUGUGGCAUGACCUCAAGAACCAGACAUCCCAAGAAUUCACACCAGACAUCCCAAGAAUAUUGCUGAACUGAAACAGUUCUGUAAAGAGGAACGGUCAAGAAUUACUCCUGACCGUUGUGCACGUCUGAUCUGCAACUACAGGAAACGUUUGGUUGAAGUUAUUGCUGCCAAAGGAGGUUCAACCAGUUAUUAAAUCCAAGGGUUCACAUACUUUUCCACCUGCACUGUGAAUGAUUACAUGGUGUGUUCAAUAAAAAAAUGGCAGCAUUUCAAUCUUUGUGUAUUAGUUUAAGCAGACUGUGAUUGUCUAUUGUUGUGACUUAGAUGAUGAUCAGAUCACAUUUUAUGACCAAUUUGUGCAGAAAUCCAUAUCAUUCCAAAGGGUUCACAUACUUUUUCUUGCAACUGUAUGUAUAUCUUUUUUCAAGUGUUUGUAAAAUGCUCAAACAUGUAUGUGCUACUUGUGGAUAUACAUUAACAAAGCAUUUUAUAAUAAGCUAUAUAUAUAUUUUAUGAAUUAUUUUUAUUAUGUAUUUUCACAGAAAAUAGCUAAUGGCAAAGAAUAUUUUAUAUACCCAAUGCCAAAAAGCCUGUGUAAACCCUUAGCCCGUUAAUUUGAAGAUUUAUUUAUAUCUAGAAAGGGAAACUGACCUUAAAGACUGGGCCUUUAAUUGAUGUAAAUGUGCAUAAAGCAAAAGCAAUCAGAAGAUAUCAAAAUUGGUGCUCUAAGUGUGCUAAUGGGCCAUUAUCUGCCAUCACAAUCUGUUUUUCUGGAUAUCUUAACUGAUGGUCCAUAGUUGUCAGAUUAAUUUUCCUUAUGUUGCCAAUCUUUCCUCAACCUCUGUUUCAUAGAGAUACAUUUUUUUGCCUAAUAAUUUCACAAUUUCAGCAAGUGUUCAAAAAUAUUCCUCAAAGUGCUUCAUUAAUAGUAGGAGUUGGUGGGUCUAUCUAAUGUGUAACAUGCUGCCCAACUGUAAUGUUGAAUAGGUGUGAAUUAUGAAUAAUGGGUGUCUUUAAUCUACAUGUAUAUGCUCAUACAAUGUACUUUAAAAUGUAGAAAAUAAAAUAAACCUUUAAGACCAAUUACAACUGGCAUCACUGGAGCUCCUCGCUCUGCUCUCACCUUAAAAGAUACUUAGCUUAGAGUCCAGUUCCUCACAUUUAUUUCUUUCCUUUAACCAAAGGGUGGUCAAGGUAGCUCUACUGCUAAUAUGGAACUGCAUCUUCAGGUUUUUUUUGUUUUGUUUUUGUCAUCCUGUGGGUGGCAAAGCAUCAUGGGAUACAUCAUUCUUGAGCAGCUGUAGCAAUUACCACCAUUGCCAAAGCAUCCAUGUGCAUUUUAUUUUUAAAAAAUGGGGAAGAAGGGGUGGUCUGACUGUGGAGCGACCUGGAUGCAUUUGAGUAGAGCUCCGCUCCAAACACGCUGUCAAGAGCUUAGAUAAGCUAUAUUUCAUUCUGCUACUCCGUGAAUUAUGGAGAAACCCUAAAAAACACCCUUACCUCGGUUCUGGACCUGCUUGCCAAAAAAUCAGGAUGUCGGAAGGCCAAGAUGUCCUGCUUCCUAGCCGCCCUCGCCACGUGCCUCUUCUAUCGUGGAGCCCUCACCAGGCGAUACCUCGCAGAUACUGGCCAAACUGGCUGAAAUCCAGACCUACUUGGCAGGAGAAAUUGAGAAAUCGACAACAGUCUUACCGGCCGAAAUAUCCGCCCUUGGCACGGGAACCGCACGGCUGAAAGAACACCUUGAAAGUACCACCAGGGCGCAUAAUGAUGUAGUCAGCCAUCUAAAUAGGCUUACCCCUUGCAAGGCCAAGACGGAAUUGGCAAUGGAAGAUAUCGCCAACCGACCACAGAGAAACCAUCUCUGCCUGAGGGGCCUUACGGAAAAGGAUGGUUGUGACGGAACGCUGGCACUCCGACUGAGUACCUCCGCCAAUCGAUGCUCCUAGUGCUCGCUGAGGACUCCAAGCACUCCAACCGACACCAUCAGCACUGCAGACCCCACUUCCAGCAAUGCAACUGCGCCGGGGUCUCUGCUGUUUCCACCCACCAUGGACCCAAGGCCAGGAUCCAGCUUCCAGUGGGUGAACCUCUCUUUCCCCAGAGAGCAGUAACAGGAACAAAUCAAGCUAUUGCAAGAGCUUCCUCUGGGGAGUAAGUGAUUAUAGCAAUCCCCAGAGUGUAGGUAUCCCUUCCCCCAAACAUGAGCCAAGGCUUAAUGCUGGAACAAGACUGAUUUACUGGCACACAGAACUCACAAUUUAUGCAACACAAAACUCCUCCUCUGGGCCAGGCUAGAUAAUUGAGUUUCUACAAUACACAAAGCUCAAUUAUCUGCUGGCCAGAAAUUAUACAGUUUCAUAAAACACACAGGGACCCCAAAACAUGCAAUAACCCCAUAAAAUAUAUCCUUGGAACUGGGGGAUCUGGGUGAACCACAUAUCCAAAAUUCACCCAGAUCCGUUCAGUACUUUGGAAAAUACAGUUUAAUGCAGAUUCUGCAGAACAUAUACAGGCUAAAUAAAAACAAUCACUGUAUAAUGUGUCCCCUGCUGUAUAGUCCAAAACCACCGCACGAUGUCUCUGUGCAAAUACUGGCGAGAUGGCACCGUGUUGAAAAGUCCAAACAGUGUCUGUGAGUUAAAAUGGCCGCCAUCCAUUGUUCUCACCAUGUGCUUCUGAUACAUGAAAUGGUGGCCACCCAGUAACUCCACAGUAUGUCCCCAGAUGGUUCUUAAAGGGCCAGCAGCAGCACAACACAAAUCCAUUAUGCCCAAAUCAUGUCUUUAAAGGGCAAUACAUCCCAGGGGCCAUAGUCACAGGGCAAGAGGCGGGCAAGCAGUCCUCUCCAGGCACAAGUGGCGAAGGGUACUUCGUCACAGUGGUGAGGGACCCUUUCAAGAUAUCCUGCUCGACAUACUCAAACCGCUAUUAUCGGAUAUCCCAGAAAACCAGUGGCAUAUCGAGAGGGCGCAUAGAGCUCUCCGUGCAAGGAGGCCCGACGCCAACUCUCCAAGGGAUGUAGUAAUUAGAUUUUUACACUUUCAAAUGAAAGAGGCCCUGCUUCGGAAGAGCAGAGAAGGACAAAUCAAGUUUGAAGACGCUGAACUUACCCUAUACCAGGACAUGGCACCCAGCGCCACUGCUGGACUGGUCUUCGUUAUGCCUGGGGCUUUCUUCCGAGACCUUGGCCUAACUCCCCCGCUCAAUUUACUUACUGUUCCUGUAACAUCGGAGGACCUGAGCUUCCUACCGAAUGAAUGGCAUGAGGUUGGAGCACAGGGACACUGACCUCUCCAAAGGGUAUGGUAUGGCUGUAAUUGGGAAUGGGUACAAAUACCCAGGGGACUAUUUCACCAGUCAGAGCUCACAGUGGUUGGUACCGGGACUGUUUGGGUGGAUGGGAGAACAGGAGUGGGCCCUCCACCGCGCAUAUUUUUGACACAGGGUUAAUUGGGAGGCACAUGCCGGCUAGCUAGAGGCCAAUUGCCAAGAGGCAUGCUCAGAUGGCUCGGGGAAUAGAGCUGUUGGGGGUGAUAUGAUAAAGGCCUCUUGUUUACCACCCGGGAAUGGCCACAUGCAGCCCCAAACAGCUCCCUACUUGGCUGUGGACUCUUCCUUGGUGGACUGGGUGUUCUUACUUGGUGGACUGGGUGUCACUGGAGGCUCCCCUGAGCUCUAUCAUACCCGCAACAGGACACAGUUCUGGUAUCAUUUUGCAUUCAACCCCUAUGGGUCUCCUACGCUACAACUGCUGUAACCUCUUCUUUUUUUUUUUUUUUGCCUCACUGCUGCUCCCGCAGCAAAUGAGGGAGCUUGUGGCCUUCCAACAGGAGACAGAUAGGGGAUCUCAGCAAAAUAGUUUUUUCUUGUAUAUUGUUUAUUGCGUAUUUCAAGGUGCACUCUUACAAUUUUUUUUUUUUCUUUUUAGGCCAUUUUUGUAUAACUAUUAGUUACUUGCCUAACACCCUCUGUCUUGUUUAAUGCUCCCUAACAGUAAAACACAUACUGUAGAUAUGGCAGGCUCACCAUUCCCUGCAACCAAAUAUUUAUGUGAUAUAUAAGUGUUGACUUAUAGUGAUAUCAAAAUUUAUAUUUCAAAAUCUCUCCCGUGUACCACCCAGAAGGCCACAACUUGGCUAGCCUUACCCAUCACCUGUUAAGAGGGGACCAGGAGUUGUAGAAUGGUGGGUGAUUGCCGCUGAACUGGUCUACUAGGACAGUUAAAUCCCAGGAGGAAGCUAUGGGUUAAAGAGGAGAUUAAUAGCUACUGUGAUAUUGCUAUAACAUAAUCAAUGGGAGUGGAACUUCCCCUAGUUCGCACAUAUGUUUGGGUAUUCCCUCCCCCGACUAAUAACAUGCCCUCACAGCUGGCUGGGAAGUUGCUAGGAUAUGCUUAAGACUUCUCCACAAACGACAUAGCAUACUCUGAAAAAAAUACUAAGGAAUACCUUAUACGUAUUAGAAGGGACUUGUCCACUGACGCGGGUAAUUUACCCUUACAAACUGGCUGAGUCAUGGCACCCCACAAAAUAGGCCCCCGAUUCCUUUUCCGCUUCAGACUACUGAGGCCCUAGCCAACGACUGGUAGACCUCCUUUUGUUGCUUUAUACUGGUAGCCCCUGUUUAUGAGUUGCUUGACUCCUUAGACAAAUGUCUGACACCUUUCUUCCCACCUCACUUACUUGAAUCCUGGGACAACCUUAGACCAGUAUUACAUGCUACAUCUCUGAGGCUAUCGUUUCCCAUUAGCUGAAUAGGUGAAGGGGGUGAUUAGAGCAGCCAUCAGUGGAACCCAUGCCUACAGAAGGCCUUCUGGUACCCACUGUUCCUACGCCCCAUCUGUGUAUACAAUACUACCCCUCAUUGUCAGCCGGAAUGAGACAAGGCCGAUAUUCACUGGGAUAUUAAUGCAGGUUCAAUGCUUGUUAAUAGUUUUACAUGUUUACAUUACUGUUGUUUUCUUCUCUCCUGAUCUAUGUAUGAUAAUAUCGCUACAGUAGCAUGUAUAAGCGCUAUAUAAAAGUACUACGGUAGCACCGCAGCGUGUACUGGUUUAGGCUCAUGGACCCACAUCCCUUGCGAGCGCUAGGUGCGGUGGAGGUGCCAGACCAUGUACCCCAACUGGGUCUGGCGAUUGGUAAGACCAGACGAUUUCCACUCGUUUCCAGGUGCACGUCUAGUGUACCUCUUCACUUUCUUUUCUGUACUUUCUUUCCUAUUUCCCUUUAUCCACUGGGGUCAGGGCAAGCAGGAGGGGUUUGGCAAUGCCUUGGGGGAGCAGAGGUGGUCGUACUCGAUAGCAUUAUACUUAGAACGGGACAAUGGCUAUAAAUUUUACCUCAUGGAAUAUAAAGGGUCUUAAUGCCCCGACCAAGCGAUGCCUCCUAUUCCGUGAAUUGAAGAAGAUGAAGUCAGAUAUUCAUUCAAGAGACGCUUGCCUAAACAUGUUGGCUUCAGAUUAAGGGACCACGCAUAUGGCACAAUUUACGAAGCUCGAGCACACUGCAAACGCAAUGGGGUUGCCAUUCUGAUCCCGAAUUGUUGCCCAUUACGACUUACGUCUUCUGAACUAGAUUCAGACGGGUGCUAUAUCACUGUAUCUGGCACUUUGUUUUCCCACACAAUUCACUUAAUUAUUGUCUAUGUGCCAAAUCAACCUGAUCCUGUGUUCAACGCAGUGCCGUGCCCCACCGUAGACAGAAGGGUAUACCUAGAUCUCAAUGGAGAGUAGGGCAGGAGAGGGCUUGUGGAUGUGUGGAGGGCACAUCAUCCAAGUGACAUUGAUUAUACUUUUUAUUCAGCCCCACAUGGCACUUACUCCAAAAUAGACCUAUUUUUGGAUUAAUGAUUGUAGCUUAGCCCAAAUCACAGGAUCGUCGAUUGGAUCCAUUGUAUGGUUUGGUAAUUCUGAGGUGACCCUUACCCUAGGGUACCUCUGGGUAGCAUAUCCAUGGACAUGGAAACUUAAUACGUCCUUAUUAAGAGACCGAGAGCUCACGGAGCAAAUCCAUACUGAAAUAAUGGAGUUUUUUUCAUUCAAACAACACCCCUGACCUGAGGGUAGGUGCAAUAUGGGCAGCCCACAAGACGGUAGUGAAGGGUACUCUUAUCAAGCUAGCAACCGCAAAAAAGAGAAUUAAAUGUCAUAGGUUAGACAGACUCCUGACUGAACUUAGAACGUUAGAACAAACGCAUCAACUUCGCCCUGAGGAAGGAACUCUACGACGUCUAGAAGCAGUACUGUACUUAAUAAAAGAACUACUCCUACAUGACACCGCUAAGUCUAUAACUUGGUCCAAACUGACCUUUUACGAGAAAGCAAAUAAAAUGGACACCCUUCUUGCUAGGGCCCUUAAGCCCCGACAGACACGCUCUAAUAUCACUUCCAUACGACAUACUGAUCUCUCUAUCGGAAUGUCUGCGGAAGGCGCAUAGAACAACACUCACUAACAGCGGACCCAGAGAAACUUUAUAACCAUAAUUACGUGCUCAUGAUAAAACUACUGAUCCAGGGAUAUGGAAAAGUGGACUGAUAAACCCGUAUCGUGGAUAGGAUGGAUUCACUCCGUUAAAAUGAAUAUCUUGCCGAGAAUCCUCUUUUUGUUCCAGACCCUACCUUUACAUCUCACUAGGGCACAACUAUUACCCUUACAACAAGAAAUCGGGCUUUUCUUUGGCAGCAUAAACGGCACAGGAUAUCAAGACAUAUCUUGUACCGACCGAAAACGCAAGGCGGACUUGGUUUACCUAACCUAUAUUUCUAUUAUUUAGCAGCUCAAUUGACGCAAGUAGCGAUGUGACCCUCUCCCCCAGGCGAGAGGAAAUGGGUGGACUUAUGUUGGGAUUAUACUUGCCUCAACUCAUCAUGUGGGUACCCAAAGAACAUGAUGACCCCUGAUAGAGUUACUUGCCUGACGAUAUUCAAUUCUCUGAGACUAUGGGAUUCAUCCACACAAAGGUAUGGAUUCGUGUCAACCCCAUCUCCCCUCAUGCCUUAUCUCCACAACAGGGCAUAUACCCCAGGUAUGACGGUAGGGAUUUCCAAAACCUAGAGCAGGCAGUCCUACAACAGAUAUGUCACCUAUUCCAGGGCACGGACGUCAUUACUUUUGAUGACCUUAAACAAAGGAGGCAUUUUACGCCUUCUGACUUUUUUUUUUUAGAUAUCUGCAGAUUAGGGAUUUCGCUAAAUAAUCCCACAUCAAAGAAGCGGCACAUAAAACAAUGACGUUCUUUAGGCAUAAUUUCAGUUAUGCAUAGACAUUAAAGACCUGAUAACGCUUCUUUACGCCUACCUCUGCUCGGAGACUGGGGAAUGGGGUAGACUAACAUAAACAGACCAAUGGGAACAAUAUUUAGGCGAGGAACUGGAGAGCAUUGAAUAGAGAUAUGGGAGGCUAGUACCACCACCUCUAUCUGUGUAACCCUUCAGGAGCAAUACUUUAAAACGAUGUUCCGCUGGUAUACAACUCCUGUAAAACUAUAUAGAAUGAAAAAAUCCCCCACGGAUGUGUGUUGGAGGGGAUGCGAUUCGAAAGGGACAUACAUACAUACAUACAUACAUACAUACGUGAUGGGAGUGCCCAUUGAUGAUCCAAUUCUAGAAUUUAAUUAAGGAUUUGUUAAUCCAAGUGUUCUCAAGAGCCCCAGACCUAGACCCUUGUAUAUAUCUGUUAAAUAGAUCUACUGAAGGGUGGACCUGGAACAAACAAAAACGUAUUCUUUUAGCUUUUGCCUGGCUAAAACAGGGUAUCCCCAACAUUACUGGGGUGAUAAACAGGAUUAGAGAGAUGACCUGACGGCUAGGGUGAGAGGGGCCACUAAGGCAUUUCAGAAGGACUGGGAACCAUGGGAAAACUUUUGGAAAUUAAUUAUUACAAACGAUGUGAAAAGUUUCAAAUGCAGGGAGGAUCCUGGUUUCUGCUGACACUAGCUUUCUAAUGACCUCUCUCCCUUUCCUUUCCCCUCCCAAACCCAUACAUGGGGCUCACAUAAAAUGAUGGACCUUGAACCCGUACACCCCCCACCUUACCCUCCUCACUCUAUACUUUCUUAAACGCUCUCUAUUCUCUUUACUUCUCUUUCUCUCCCCUAUGUCUUGGGGGAUAUUUACUACCAAAAAUUGUGAUUGAUAACUUUCAAACUUCAUAUUUAAUGGUUGAUGCGAUGCACCCUACUGGUACUCCAUGUGUUUUAUCAUAGGUCAAUUGCCUUACUUUAUGUGAAAGUAAGACGCUAUACCAUCCCUGUCAUAGUUUAUUGCAUGUAAAUCAUAAAUAAUUUAAUUUAAAAAAUUGGUAAUUUUUUGUAUUUUGCUCUACUUACAGCAGGAUAUUACUUGCUUCCAUAAUACGCUUGCAUUUAAAUGCUCCUUUGGAAAGCACAUUUUGUGCAUUAAAUAAAUGUAAUGCUCUGGAGCAGAUGCUUUCUUAAUGCUAUUAACAAAAACAUAAAUUAUUUUUAAUGGUACUUCCUUUAUAGUGCAGUCAAAUAGGUUGUAUACUUCAUGUACAACAUCUCUGCUAGUCCUGCUUUUUAUUUUGUAUAAAGAAAACAGAUGUGCAAACUACAUUGUUGUAAGUAUUGCCAGCCUCUGGUAAGGAAAUAUUCUAAAUACUGGACUUUUCUGGCAGGCUGUAUGCUGUUCUUGUAUGCAUUUAUAAGUAGCAUCAGUCAACCUCUCUAUAAUCUGUUGAAAUCAGAGCAUACUUUGUUUCUGUACUUCUACUUUCUGAAUCUUCAUGAACACUGAGCCUAAAUGGUAUCAUGUGCUACUUGUCGUGUCUAAUAGUUAGAUGCUCAAACUACUAGAACAACCUAGCACAAUUUAUUGUACAAAGAGUUUCUCCUUUUCCCUAUAAUUACAGCAUAAACACGAACAUUCAGCUAUAAUAAUAUAGCUAUAAUCCCACUCACUCGGCCACAGAUAUCAAAGACUACAAUAAGUAAUAAAUAGACUAACUGAUCAUUUACAAAUACUUGUAUAACAUUACAGCUAUGCUUCUUUAAUAUAUCCUCCUACCACUCCAAAUAAAUCAAAUCAACUAAAUUGCAAUGACACACAUGAAUAAAGAAUAAUUGUGUAAGCCAGUAUAAUCAUGACCACCACCUGUAGUACAUGGCUACAUUUUUGAUAGUGGAUUUAUUGAAUAACUUAAAUGUAUUUUUCUGUGUAUAAGAGAAAAAAUGUUUACAAUCUUGAUUAAAGUGAGCUUAUCUUUCAAUGCCUGCUGGUUUUAUCCCACUGAUAACAUACUGUGAUGCAAAAAUAAAUGCAUGUUUAAAAGAUUUGUUCUAGUUUGGCUAUUUUGAUCUGAAAUGUUCUUGUCAUUUCACCAUAAUUCCAAGUUUAGUAAAUUAACUCACGUUUUAAGCAUUGAUCUAGGGUAAAGUGAUUUUUUUUUUCCAUGAUACAAUGUGUUUUUAAUUUAGUGGGGGGCGGGGGUUUUAAAUUUUUUUUUUUAAAGUCUGUUAACACCUUAAGGACACAGCUUCAAAAGCUUGUCUUAUCCUUAAGGACACAAAAGGCCAUUUUUGCAUUUUUUGCUGUUUAUGUUCAAACGCAGUUUGUUAAAAAACCUUUGUUUUCACAGUUUUGGCAAUAAUAGCAUGAGCAUAAUAUGUCCAUCUUAUGAAAAAUAAUUGAGAAUAAAUUAAUUUAUGUGUCUUGAUUUAUAGACUACAUAAUAUGUGUAGGAUUUCAGCUUUUUUUGAAAGUUACAGGACACAAAAUACAAGGACUAAAAUUAAAUUUCAAUGUGAAACAAUAUUAGAAGUUGGUAUGUUUGUCUUCAUCAUAAAAGGCUUUAUCAAUGGAGUAAAAGACAGUCAACCUGGCAAGUUGAAGUUUGUAUAAGCAUAAAAUCAAUUAAAACUGGCGCCAUAAUCCUAUAUCUAAUAGGAGAGCAGAGAGUGUGGUAACAUAAAUAACAGCAAAACACAUAUAGACCUUAGAAGAUAUAAUAAUGGAGGAUCAGAUUAUGUAUAACAUUUUUUUUAAAAGAGCAUUUUUAAGAGUAUAAACUGCUUUGGCCGCCAGAACAUGUUGUGCGCCUCAGCGUGUCAUAGUGAUCGGGACGCUAUGUAUUAUGGGGUCUGUAGUUCUAAGAGACUAAGUAUCAUGUUGGCAGAUAUUUGCCGACGCAAGGGAGAGCCCCACAUUGAAGGGAGUGCUCCUAUGGGAUAUAUGAUAAUGGAAGAGGAGGGUGGAGGGAAAAACUUAUAAAUUAGAAAGAUUAUUGUAAAUAAAGAACCGUUGCGGCAGCCAUCUUGGUGGGGGAAGUAAUGAAUAGGGUAUAUUACACGAACAUGGCAGCCAUUUUGGGGGUGGCUGGCAAUAAAAGAAAGAUUUAAAAAAAAAAAAAACCACAAUGAUGGGGGCGGGGCCGGACCGCCGAAGGGAUCCGUCUGCUCCGUCUGAGCUCCCGCUUUGGGGCCGGAAAAAACGGCGCAAACUGAAGGCUAAACACUCCCAGCCACCCGCAACGAUGACCAAACCAAUCCCCAGUUUCUGGGGUAUGAGGGGACACCCCCCAAGACUCUACUCGGCACCUACAGUAACCCGAUGAAGGCCUGAGGCGUGCAGGAGCUUGAGCUCUCCUGGGUCUCCGUCCAGUGUCUGGCACCCUCCCCCCCCUGUACCGGGGGGGUUAUCCCAGUCUGCACAAGCAACGACCAUGACGCUAAGCUGAGCCGAAUACUAACACCCUGCUGCGGAACACUCUCCGGCGGCAACCCCCAAGAUGGCCGCCGCACACCAGCUCCAUGUGCGACCUGCCAGCAAGAAGGAGCCUGCCACAGAGGAAACCAUCCACCGCCAUCUGACUACCACAGCUACUCACCCCAGGGAUGUGUCGGCUGCCCACACUGAACUGACCUAGGGGAUGCUAGCAAUACACACCUCCAGUGGAAACACACACUUUGGUGUCUCUGGAGGACACCAUCAUUCCUUCUGGGGCCCGCCCGGGAGACGACAGCAGUGGCUGCAUCCAGGAUCCUCCUGUGAGGCGCAACGCAUCCAUCAGAGCAAGCAGCCUGCCAGCACUGGGUAUGGACUAAACAAAUCCACGCAGGUCCUCUACUGCACAGUCCAAUUUGAGUGAGUUACAAGAUUGUGAUGCAACUUACCAUAUACAAGGACUCUAAGAACUCUGCCAUAACCUUGAACACUCAGGACUUUAUGAGACCCCAUACAUAGGACUGACUCAGUAGCUACCGGGUACAACAUAAUCCCAUUGUGAAAAUAUUAUUCUCAUGACCUCUGCUACCCUGGCUAAACUCCUCUCUGCCUCCCAAAAGGCACCACUUAUAACACAGAUCCCAGCAGGCUCAGAUGGCAUCUCCUUGUUUAAAUUUCAUGCUCAGUACUAUAUAUGUUUGUUUAACCUUAGUUAGAUGUGGAUAGUAUAGCAAAAAGCCAAUAGGUACUGCCAUAGAAAUAUAUAAUGUAUGUCGAGCGUGUGGCUGACAUUUAAACAUGGCUCACGACCCUUAAUUCGCAUUUAACCCUCUAUAAGCUACCCUUAACUCUUACUAACGAAACACUUAUCAGCCUUGUAACCACUAACUUGUUCCAUAUUAUGACCUUUAAAACAAAAAUGUACAACAUUUCUAACACGUAACUAGCAUAUUUUACUAUAAGCUUCUGCGUACCCAACUAUAUCAUUCCAAUGCCUAACUAAGCGGGUUCAUUCUAACUUAACAACUUUGUCUUUUUCAUGUCAUUUAAAAAAAAAAUGUGCCGUUUACACUGCCACACAUUGUACAGCUAUGAAAACGCCUGCAGUUGCUGUCGUGGCUCUGCAUGAUGAUUGUUAUUUGACGCACAAAUAAAAUAAAGAAUUUAAAAAAACAAAACACAAUGAUGUUUAAAGAUGACAGAAAGUAGUUAAAUAUUAUAAAUAGGGGAGAAAUAAUAGAAAUGCAUGUUAGGAUGAAAUACAGGGGACAACAUACCUUUUCUAAUAUUGAAAUAAAGAUAAAAUAAAGGAUAUUGGGUUAUGCAAUCAUUGGGUGAGAAACAUAAUUUAUAGACAGAGAGGGUGGUAUCAUUGGAAAUUAGGACAUAUAACAUAAAAUACAACUGAGAAAAGAUUGCAUAGGUUAAAUAACAUUUAAACAGAUCGAAGUCUGUGUUGAGACCAUUUGAAAUUUGAACCUUAGUGUGGGAUCAUUUUUCCACUAGCUUGUACCAAGUGGUAAUAAGCGUUUUUUCUGCUUAUUGCACAGUAUAUUUUGCAAACCUUAUGUGUGCUACGGCUGUAUAAUACUUCAUAUGUUUCUCAGCUAUGUCGUCUGUGUACCGCAAUACCCCCGUAUGUACCUUUGCCAGAUAUAUGUGAUUAUUGAAGGGGCGCAUUUGAGACACAGCUAUUCCAAUUUUUUUCAAACUUUGAAUUUUUACACUGUGUCCAUGUCCCAUUUUGGAGUAGUUUAGAAGGUUUGUUAUUCAAACUACUCCACAAAAACAACCUGGGGUAUUUCAAAAGGCAUGAAAAAAACUAAAAUAAAAAAAAUUAAAAACAGAUGACCGUAAAAUGUAGUCCCUGCCACUUGAUCACUGAAGUUAAUUUUAUUAAAGGUGGUAAGGUGGAUAUUUAACCUUAAACUUUAUGUAUUUUUUGCAGGGAGAAGAUCGCUGCUGAUCCGUCUCCCUGCACUUCACACUGACCGCGGAAGCACAGGGAGGCAGAUAAGAAGUCCCUGCAGCACAUAUGCUCACUCUAACAGGCAGACCGGAGGAGCGUUAACUCCGUGAUCGUGACGAUCUGGGGUUGACUUUAGUAAAUGACAGAAAUUUUUAAUCAAGGGUCCUUAACGCAAGGACAAGCCUGACGGAAAAUGUCCGUCUUUGGUCGGGAAUGGGUUAAAUUAAUUAAAGCUAUUCUUUUUUUUUUGUUUUUUUUUUUUUUUAUUCCUGUUUUCACGUCACUUUGAACACAGAUAUGUUUCUGUUAAAAUCUUCGUGAAAUAACCAAUAGUCUAAUUAAUCUAAACCUGCUGUGCAAGUAAUGUGUUGUGUUAUUGAACAAAAGUCAUUAUUAAAGUGCAGAAGCUAAUUGCGUGACGGCCAAAUGUUUAGUUGAAAUCCCUCUCUUUAUAAAGAAAUAGUUUAUUUGCUCUUCUCGUAGUGAUUAAACAUUGCUCGAGGUUAUGGUUGUGUGCACAAAUGUACUGCUUAAUUUAUAAACAGCAGUUGUUUCAUGUUCUCUGUCACACUUUCAAAGAGAUGGGACUUAAAACCAUCAAAACCAAGUUGUUUUUUGUCGUUUGUUUUGUUUUAUUUUUGUUACGGAAAUAUUCCCCUAAAGGAAGAAGUCUUAUUUUUUUUUUUUUAAAGCAUUAAAAUGUUUACAUGUUUUCUACAUAAGUUAACUUAAUGUGCUUAUGUUUUCUUUAUUACAGGUGGCUCUCCUUAUAUGGCUAUGAAAAUAAAUGAGGCAAAGGAUUUAUUGGAAUCUGGCAACAAGCAAUGAUCUAAAAUAUGUGAACUUACAUAAUUCCCCUAAUAUUCUAUUUUGGUAGUUUUUUUACAAUUAUGUAUUUGUGGUCCUUAACUUAUCAUUUGGCUUUAAAUGUUAUUUUAGUCUAAACUAAAAAAAUAUAUAUAAAUAUAUAUCAACAUAUAUGUUAACGGUUCAUCAGCUUUUAAAAUGGAUCUGUCAAUUACGUAUUCUCUACAAGAAUAUAACGUUUCACAUCUCUGCAUGGAAUUAAAUACUAUAGGGAAAGAUUUUUAGAUAUAAUUCUUUGAUACAACUUAUUGCGACAGUUAUGAUACAAAGAGUCUUUUUGUGUGCAGCUCCUACACUUAUUUUGUCCGAUUAUUGGAGCCAUCGAGCAAAAACCAAGGGGUGUUCCAGCAAUCUUUGCAGCCAAACCUAUAAUAAGAAUUUUUACUUCCUUUUUAUCCAUGAAUAUUUUGCAUUAUAGCCAAUCAUUUUUAUUCACCUUUGAAGACAAAACUGUAGGGACUGCCUUAAAGACUCUUUACACCAUAACUACUUCAGUAGGCUGUUGUGGUUAGUGUCUCUUUCACCUUCAGAUUCUGAGUUAUGGUUCUAUUCUCGCACUAUGAGAAUAUAGAUGGUGCAUGGAGAAUCCCCCAAAAUGUGUAAUAUUAGUAAGAGGUUUUUUUUUGUGUAUGCGUUAAUAUUCAUUAAGCAGCUAUUGAGGGCAUAUUAAAACGAAAAGUAAAAUAAAAAACACACACAAUGCUGGUACAUUUAUUGACAGUCCAGCACCAGAAAGUCAUAUCAUGAAGUAUUACUUUACUGAGAGGGUAGUGGAUGCAUGGAAUAGCCUUCCAGCUGAAGUGGUAGAGGUUAACACAGUAAAGGAGUUUAAGCAUGCGUGGGAUAGGCAUAAGGCUAUCCUAACUAUAAGAUAAGGCCAGGGACUAAUGAAAGUAUUUAGAAAAUUGGGCAGACUAGAUGGGCCAAAUGGUUCUUAUCUGCCGUCACAUUCUAUAUUUCUAUGUUUCUAUGUCUCUGUCAAGCAGAUGUUUCUCCCACUAUAAGAUUAUCCUCUAUAAGAAGCAUUAGACACCCAGUGGACAUGUGUGGUGGUUGGAGUGCUCAACAACUCGUAGAAAGAAAUCCAGUGUUUCUCUAUAAAGCAUUGCAAUGCAGAACUUGAAGGCGUUCAAUUAUUGAAUGUCACCAUGAAGAAGUGAUUUUACCACUACUAAAGGUAUCCUUAUUGACAAAUCUAAACAUUGUCGGUUUUCAUGACUGGUAAUGUUUACAUUUGUCUGACUGCAGAGACUUGGUCAAUGCACCAAAUGACUACAUUAAGAGUUAAAGGGGUGGGCCCUCUAAGCACCAUAUCUACAGCUUAUUGUAGUGAAUAUGGUGCAGAGUAUGUGUGUGCCAUUCCUUCAGUUUGUGUCAAGACCUUUUUAAUAGUGUAACAAAAAUCAUGUCUCUACUGGCACUGCAGCUCGUGACCAAAGUUGGACUGGCUUAUUCGGAUGUAUAUCCUUUUAAAAAAGAUAAAUAGGUAAAAUAAACCAGUACAACAAAUGCUAAUUAUUACUGACAAGUGGUAUGUAAGCAUCAAGAUUGUCCCAUCUUUUGUGCUGUGCCAUUCCCAGAAUGCUUUGUGCCUCUAUCUGACUGGAAGCUUAUUAUGUAUUUUAAGGCAAUAUCUAGCAUAGUUAAUAGCUGUUGCAGACUGUCCAGGAAAUGUGGACAUUCUGGUGUAGUGUAAUAUAUAUCACAGCAGGUUCACUGAAUCUAUAUAAAUAUUGUUAUGCAUAUCAAAUUAUUUUUCUUUUUUUUUUUUUUUUUUUCUCUCUCUUUUUUUUGGGGGGGAGGGGGUUAAGUCUGAUUUUAACAACCACAAUAUGUAAUUGUAAAAAAUCAAUAUGUUUUUUAUAGAGAAUCAAUUUAGGAUUUCUACCAUAUUAUCAUAAAAAUGAUUGUUAUUAGAUUCCAGGUCAGCUUAGUCGAUUCUGCAGGCACGAUCAUCCUGACCUCUGACCUGCAUUUCCUGUGUAUAUUUAAUACAGAAAACCACGUGCACUUAAUCUCAGUUUGACAUCUCUCAUACCCAAAAAUGGACUCUAGGGACAUCAAAGGUAUUGCACAUAGAUGGUCCGUUUCAAAUCUCUAAAUUAAAUGGUUUUGUCAAUCAUUCACUCACCCUAAAUUACAUUUAAUCGUAUUGGCUAGUAAAAUACCAGAUUUAUAACUGUGGUGAUCCAAUUCAGACCAAGUGGAGAACAGGGUUAUGUUUAUUACAAUAAUUGCUGCUCUGUGAUAAUGUAUUUUUCCACUAGUCUGGUCUUUUUUUUUUUUUUGAAGAUUGUGUUAAAUUAGUUGGUAGAAAUUCUGUUUACAUUCCUGAAGGCUUGACAUACAGUGAUUAAAUUAAGCUUAAUAAAAUUCACUUGUUUGGUUGACUUAAUGAAUUUGCAUGUGAGAUGGAUGUAUAUUGGAUUUUUAUGUAUGGCUUAGAAUCAGGAUGUAUCCAGAUUUAGAAUUUUUUUUUCUACGGUUUAUUACUGUGCAUAGCAAAUACAUUUUGCAGUAACCUUGGCAGACUCACAAAAACAGCAGACAAAGCAGGAGCUAUGGAUGCCUCAUCACACUUUAUGCCUGGAUCCCAGCUGUUCUAAUAAGGGCUAUCAGCCCACUUCACAAUCAUCUCUCAUUUUGGACUGUUUUCAGUCUGUGGAUUCAGAGCACGUCUAUAGCAUGCAGUGGGAAAAAGCAUCUAAUGUCAUACUUGCUGCCAGUUUGUUCUUUCAUUCUGCAUUCAAAAGCUACCCAGUGACUAGAUAUAUAAGAGUAUUAAGCAGCCAAAACACAAAUGCAAUAUGAAUAUGAGUAGAGUUAAUACUAGUUUUAUUUAAAAUUGCAGCCGUUGCUUUGCGCAGAAAUGAUAUGUAAAUCUGAUGUAUAGUGCAUUUUAUAGGGUUCAUCAAAAACCUCCUGAUUUUAAUUAAAUGUUGCUUAAUGCAUCAAUCAAUAGGAGUAUGCAAAAGACCAUGGAAUGCCACUGCUCUGAAUAGUCAGCACUGACUGUGAUUUGAGAGAUUCAUAACAUUCUAGAACAAAUCAAAGAACAGUCCUGCUGUGUUAAUGGAAUAUGUUUGGAGACAUACAAUACCUUUUUAGGUUGUUUAGAUGUCAGAUCAAUUAAGCAUUUGAUAAAUUGUUUAUCUAAAUGUAUAUAGGUUUCAGUGGGGUGUCUUUGUAGAAGAGCUACAUCACUAUUUUUCUGCAUCUAUAUUAAAGGGACACUAUAGUCACCUGAACAACUUUAGCUUAACGAAGCAGUUUUG